AUGACGCGGUAGACAGCAUAGCAAUGGCUUUUACGUUCUAGCCUAUUCCUAUGCCUGGCUCUCUCCUUCACCAUAAAAAGUAGGAUUCCCUGCUGUGCCAAACUGUGAAGAUACGCAGGUUGCAAUCUGGCAACCCAACCCAAUGACACGAAGCAGCUCAACCUCCAGAGAAAGUGGUUGAGUGCCAACCAAAAUAUUCUUAUUCUAACACAUACACAUUUUGACCAUAAUGGGUUCUUUUACUAGCAGUUAGGGUUGCCAUAUUUCAAACUUGCUGGGCUUUUUUUGAGUUUUGCCCAAAGUUGUUCAGCUUUUUUGGCAAAAUCUGAUUUAUUUAAUUUAUUUAUUUAUUGCUGUUUUAGAGCUAUUUUUAUGGGGAAACGGCACUGCUGACAUGGGCUGCCAUACAUCUGGAUUUUCCUGCACAUUUUUGCCGAUUUCCACCCAGACACUGCUGCUGGCAUAUGGCAACCCUACCAGCAGUACUUUCCUACUGAGAAAUAUAAGCAUGGACAACGCUGUUCAGCCAUGAAAAUGUUUCACAUUCAAACUUCUUCAAGCACACAGAUCUACAAAACGUGUGUGCAUGUGUUUUAAUGGUAACUGGGAUCUAAUAAGAAUUCAGGGGCUGUAACAUACCGUCAAGGGCUGUCCAACCUUUAACUCUACCACCAGUUGGCGAGUAUACAAUUGUAUACUAAUAUAUAGUGUAGCUGUAUAAUUCAUGUGUGUGCAUGCAUUAAAGGGCAUAUUUUUAAAAGCUAGCAUUGAAAGUUAAAUCCUUUUCUUUACAUGCUCCUAGGCCUCCAUACAAUUUAUACUGUUAAAUAUAUGUCCUUUGUGGACUUGCUGGAAAGGUUGAAAUAAAUUACUUUCAUUGAUUCAGAUUAUUUCGUAGGAGAAGUUGCAAACCGUUCCCCCGACACUCUUUUUAGUGUGAUAUAUUAAACACAGGAUGAAAGAGAACUACUAAAUACUUCCAUUACAGUUGGAGUGUGUAUUUUUUGCUAGCAGUUCAGACAGAUAAAAAAUGCUGAAUAUAUGCUUUCUGGGGAUGCUUGAUCUUAAACUCAAACAAAUGUGGUAGGAUCAAGCCUCAAAUUAUUGAAUUAUUAGCUUAGAUUUAUUAUUUCCAUAUGGACUACUCAUUUGGCUUUCUGCAUGAUAAUGGCUGCAUACACACGAACCCGUAUGCAGUACAAAAAAAGUAGUUUUUCCUCAAUCUGGGAUUGUUUAUACUCAUCCUCAACCUGCUGCUUUCAAUUUAGAUUGAUUCUAGAUUCUGCUGUGGGUGUAGUUACUUGAUACACAUUUGAAAAAUCCUCCCCUUGUUUUGGUUUUGCUCUCUGCACAUUCCCCAAGUGAGCUAAUUCACAUCUUUCCCCCCUUACCUCUUGGGGAAAGCAUUUUCACAUGGAGGCGUAAUCUGGCACCCAGGAGAAAGAUCGUUGAGCUGUCAAAAGCACGAAGCCAGAGGAUUUGGCCCAAACCAGAUGGUCAUUAGCUCCUAUCAGCUUCUCCACCCCUCAAACAUUUCAAAAGCAAAAUGUUUUGAGCCAGCCAUUCUGGCUUGUAAAGCAACCGGACCUCAACUUUCAAAGCUCUGCAGCUUCGUUUCAGUAAGACGAAGAAGGGGUAUCCAAAAUCCCCCCUCAUUUGCUCUGACAGUCUUUGCACAGCAAUGGCAUGCUUCACCUUUCAGUGGUUUGUAAAAAUUUUAACAAAGAAAUUGAAGCGGGCAGGAUUCAUCUUUCCUGAACCCCCUUCUCAGAUGUCCCAUCAAGUCACUUAGACACAGUGUGGUCCUCCGCCAUUUUUUCCCUUUACCACAAGGAUGGAUAUAGCAGGCUGUUGCUGAAAAACAAAAGGAUGAUGCCUCAGCAAUGCUAAAGACUUCUAGUGUGGACACAGCCUCCGUCUGUCUGCGUGGAGGGUGCUUGAAAGGCAAUAGGAAGAUUGCUGGGAAACAGGGAAGCUAUACAGGAUUGUGGGCCACUUCAUCAUCUAGGCCUCAAAGUGUAUUUUGCUAUAAAAAUUGGCUUUUUCAUUCUCUGUAACAAAGUUUUUGCCAUUUAGUAGUGAGGGCUUCACAGUUAUGGAAUACAGGAGCCCAGGGAUGACUAGGAGAUGGCAUACAAGAAGAAAAAGAAAGAACACUGAAGUGUGACUGGAAUAUUUAUAUAUCUCUUUUUUAAAGAAGAAGAAGAAAUGUGAAAGUGCUGUUUUUAAAUACAAAUUAGUAGGGUAAUGGGGAUGCAGGUAAGAUAAAACUGCUUCUGGCUGAACGCAGCCUGCAGGCCACCAGCUGCCUUUUAUUCCCUCUAUUUUUGGUAGCUAGGCACCAAUGCUUACAUAGCCAAAAUGGUGCAACCUGUGCACAAGAGGUACUGUGCACAAGAGGUAUCUCUUUCAAUCUUUUUCAAUCUGCUCUGCAUUUUUGCAAGGUGUCAGUCAGUAUGGCUGGUGUAAUAUUAAGUGCCUUUCAGUCCAGCUGUGAAGGAUGAGUCAUAAUUAAUCAGCACCUGCCGGUGAAAUUUCUCAGGGUGAGCUCCUUUCCCCUCAUGACAGCAAGCUAGUCUGAAUGCAAAGCAAUCUCUUUCCUCUCUGGGCUCCAGGGCUUUUAGUCUGGAUAAACUUGGCUUUUAUUCAGCCGGAAUCAAUCUAUUGAUUGAUUAACUGAAGUUUGACGUUAUUUUUAAUACUGUAAUUUAAAGAAAUUACAUAGGUAUGCUUUUCUUUUUCUGAGGGGGGCGGGAAUCCUCUCCAAUGCAUUUUGGGUCACAAGUCAGAGGCAUACAUCUUAUAUUCUUCUCUUUUUUGAACAAUAAGGGCAUUAAUACUUAGAUGCAUUUUAAGGGUUCAGAUUCAGGCAGGAACAGACCAAGGCAUUUUGCCUUUUGCCCUGUGCUCCUCCAGGUCAAGGUUCAUAGACCUCAAGGCAGCCAAAUUAGUUGGCACCUGAGGCAUAAACUCUCACAUGCUCCUCUCACCCUCCCUGGCAGCCAACAUAUAACAGCGAUAAAUUAAAGAGUGCAUGGUGGUUUGAAUCCUUGCAACAGCGUGAGCUCCUGUUGCUCUGUCCCAGCUCCUGCCAACCUAGCAGUUCGAAAGCACACUAGUGCAAGUAGAUAAAUAGAUACCACUGUGGUGGGAAGGUAAACGGCGUCUCCAUGCACUCUGGUUUCUCUCACGGUGUCCCGUUGUGCCUGAAGCAGUUUAGUCAUGCUGGCCACAUGACCCAGAAAGCUGUCUGUGGACAAACGGAAGCUCCCUUGGCCUGAAAGCGAGAUGAGCGCCGCAACCCCAGAGUCUCCUUGGACUGGACUUAACCAUCCAGGGGUCCUUUCCCUUUCCCUUACCUAGUAAUCAUACCAAUCCUUUUUCUUCUCAGGCUCUCUGAUGAGAUGGGAAGAUUUGUUUUGCUGUUUGGCAGGACGGAGAAGAUGAUGGCCUUUCUGAGUGCUAUUACGUACCGAGCUACCAUUUGGCGAAUGGCCGUCUCUAUUCCCUUCCUAUUUAAAAAGAAACAUGCAUUUUAGAUCCAACGACAGCAAUUGGAUUAGGUGCUUUUCCAUUCACCGCUUCGUGACUGAGCUGGAUUUCCCUCUGCCCCAAACGUCAAUUAGUCUGAGUGCAUGAUAGCACUUGCCAGUGAAUGGUAGACGUCUUCUCUCCUCUCUGCUGCCUGCCGUUUGCUUUUGAUCUUGAACUGCUGCCAUUUUGCAGUAGGCAUUUAAAGCAUGGACUGGAGGGGGGGGGGAGAGUGAUGUCAUCAAAAUAGCGUGUUCUGAAUCAUUAUGUUAGUGCUGCACUCUCUCAAGAGACAGGGUCACUCUGUGGAGAAAGCGUCUCAUUAGCUGGUAACGAGGAAGGGCCUGCAACAGUCAGCCAGGUUAUGCAGACCGCUGACUCCUACCAGCUAUUAAAAAUCUCGGGUGCCGCGCUAUUGCUAUUUUGAGAGAGAGGGAGGGUUUUUUUAGGUCUUAGUCUUUAACCUUAUUCAGCUGGAGAAUCAGCCUAAAAUGCUAGUUACCAAAACAUUUGCUUUUCGUUUCAUUUAAAAAAAAAAAGAAGGGGGGGCUCAACAGAAAUGUGGAAGAAAUUGGUGUGUGGGUGCACACAGAAAAUAAUACAUGUAUAAUAUUGAAUUAACUGUGUUUUCUAAAAUGACACUCCAAGCCUAUGCUUGGAUGACAUUUGCUAAUCUAGGAGUUCCUUUCUCCAAAGUUAUUGCUGCUCUAGGCAUUAAAACAAAAGCAAAAAAAAUGUUCUCUACUUGGGUCUCUUAUUAUAGUCUAAAUAUCCUAACAAUGGAACAUUAAAUGCUAAAGAGAAUUUUUAAAAAAUGACAACCAUUCAAUACAGAAGCACAAAAACUGAAAACAUGGUACAGUUUUUGUGCUUCUAUAUUGAAUGGUUGUCAAUAUUUAAAAUUUCUCCCCUUUACAAUUACCGUAUUUUUCGCCCCAUAGGACGCACCGGCCCAUAGGAUGCACCAAGUUUUUUGGGGGGGAAAUAAAGAAAAAAAAUUUAUUUUCCCCCCCCAGGCGCUUGUGGGGCCGGCAGCAGGGAGAAGCGCUCUUCUCCCCGCCGCCCGCCUUCAGACCAGGUCCGGGGACAGCGGGAAGACGCGCUGCGCCUCCCAGCUGUCCCCGGAGCUUCCGGGGCUGGCAGCGGGGAGAAGCGCUCUUCUCCCUGCCGCCAGUGUGGUGUAGUGGUUAAGAGCGGUAGUCUCGUAAUCUGGUGAACCGGGUUCGCGUCUCCGCUCCUCCACAUGCAGCUGCUGGGUGACCUUGGGCCAGUCACACUUCUUUGAAGUCUCUCAGCCCCACUCACCUCACAGAGUGUUUGUUGUGGGGAGGAAGGGAAAGGAGAAUGUUAGCCGCUUUGAGACUCCUUAAAGGGAGUGAAAGGCGGGAUAUCAAAUCCAAACUCUUCUUCUUCUUCAGGUCCGGGGACAGCGGGAAGAUGCGCUGCGCCUCCCCACUGUCCCCGGAGCUUGCGGGGCUGGCGGCGGGGAGAAGCACGCGUCUCACCGCCGUCAGCCUCCAAGCCACAUCGGGAGACAGCAGGAUGGCGGCGUUCCGCCUCCCCGCUGUUCCCCGACCUUGUGGGGCUGGCGCUGGGGCUCUCCUGAAGCCUGGAGAGCGAGAGGGGUCGGUGCGCACCGACCCCUCUCGCUCUCCAGGCUUCAGCGAAAACCUGCAUUCGCCCCAUAGGACGCACACACAUUUCCCCUUCAUUUUUGGAGGGGGAAAAGUGCGUCCUAUAGGGCGAAAAAUACGGUAUGUCUAUGCCUGUAUAUCCAAUGGGGAUCAAAAGGCUCUCAGCUGCGUCAGUGGUAUGGAUGCAAGGAUUUGUCAGUUCCGCUUCUCUCAGUUUCUCAUAUUCCCAAUGUUCACAUUUCCUCCACAUUUCUGCAGCAAUUUGCAAAUUUUCUUUUUCAUAUCCCCCAUGAAAUUUCUCCUGAUAAAACACAUUUUUGAACGCUGUUUUGACACUUGUACACAUUUUGCAUGCAAUUUCUCCGAACGCAAGGCAUUUUGGCACAUUAUUUUUAACUCAUAUAUUCAUUGUUUAUGUACACCUUUACCUAAACAUUGUUCGGUUGGGGAACUGUACUGCAAAAUUUGAUAAGGGCGAAUUUUGAUGGACAGAUAUGUUUUGGCUGUCACAUUGUUUUAGAAAGUGCAAAUAUGAUAGAUUUGCCUUUAAUGGGAAACGAACUGAAUUUCUCCCAUGGAGUUGCUACUCUGCCUCUGUGCAACUUUUUCAAAGUGCAGGUGUGCCUCUCUCCAGCGCUUUUUUUCUAGAAAAAGAGGUGCUGGAACUUGUUGACCUUUUUUUUUUAGGAGAAAAAGCCUGGCUCUCUCUCUCAUCCAUCUGAGGUGGCUCCCGUUGAAACUUCAGCAGAAAGAAAGAACUUGAUCUUGUGGAUGUUUACAUAUUUACUGUACCUUUAAAGCACAUUUUAAGCACCUUCUUUCCCUCAAAGAAUUCUGGGCACUGUAGUUUAACCCUCACAGAGUUACAAUUCCCAGUAUCCCUUAACAAAACUGCAGUGCCCAGAAUUCUUUGCAAGGGGAAAUCUGCUUCCUAUGUGUUAUGUACUGAGUUGAAUAGGAUCCAAAAUGCAGCAGUCUGAUUGGUCUUAGAACAAUAGGAUUCAGAAUGCAGCAGUCUGAUUGGUCCUAGAACAAUGCAGCAGUAUGAUUGGUCUGCAGGAGCCACCCAAUCCAGCUCCAGAUGGAAGUGAAUCCACAACCUGAUUGGCCUACAGGAGAAUUCCGGAAUUAGCCAAUCACGUGCAGCCCAUUGUGUAAAUAAUGUAUAUAAAGCAGAUACUUUGGGGAAACUUUGAUUCCUCCUCACCACUAUGAGCUGAAUAAAGAGCAUGAAAUCCAGUCUCGACUCCGAGUAUAUUUCAUAUGUGCUUCCAAGGUUUGGUGUGUAUCAUACAGAUGAUGAAUUAAUGCAACUGAAGGUCAACUUGAAAGCAGAAAGUUGCAGUUUGUCUUCUGCAUCAUUGGUGUAAGAUCAUUGUUAGGUGUGGUUCUCAUGAUGAUAAUAGUGACUCACGUUGGCAGAUUGAAUUGCAGCAUUCCAGUUCUACCUGAUGCACUUUCAUCCAGGGCACAAAGAAUACUUGAUUCCUGGACAGGGAGCAUAUAUAAUUGAACUCCUUACAUAAUGAAAAGGAGAACGUGUUAUCCUGCUAGCAACUCCCAGCAUUAGCUAUUGUAAGAUAACAACCCACUUUCUCUCCUACUAGAGAAUCUACACAGACCCACACCAUACAUUCAGCACACGACAUGACUUCCCCCAAAGAACCUUGGGAACUGUAGUUUGUUCAGGAUACGGGGGACUGUAGCUCUUGUGAGGAGGAAAUGACAGUUUCCAGGAUUCUUUGGGGAAAGUAAUGUGUUUGAAACAUGAUUUGGAGGUGCUUUAAAUGUAUGGGGUAGCUCUGUCCACCACUUACUGACUUGGACACAGAUCCAGCGCCGAGGGCCUUCUGGCGGUUCCCUUACUGUGAGAAGGCAGGUUAUAGUGAACCAGGCAGAGGGCCUUCUCGGUAGUGGCGCCCGCCCUGUGGAACGCCCUCCUACCAGAUGUCAAGGAAAUAAACAGCUAUCUGACUUUUAGAAGACAUCUGAAGGCAGCCCUGUUCAGGGAAGUUUUAAAUGACUGAUGUUUUAAUGUAUUUUUAAUCUUUGUUGGAAGUCGCCCAGAGUGGCUGGAGAAACCCAGCCAGAUGGGCAGGGUAUAAAUUAUUAUUAUUAUUAUUAUUAUUAUUAUUAUUACUACUACUACAGUCAUACCUUGGGUUAUGAACUCUGCGGGUUGUGUGUUUUCGGGUUGUGGACUGCGCCGAACCCGGAAGUACCCGAACAGGUUACUUCCAGGUUUCGGCACUUGCGCAUGCGCAGAAACACAAAAUGACGUCAUGUGCAGAAGCGCCAAAUCGCAUCACACAUGUGCGCAGACGCGAUGCUUCAGUCUACGAACGCUGCAGGUUGCGAACGUGCCUCCCGCACGGAUCACGUUCGCAACCAGAGGUAUGACUGUAUUAUUAUUAUUGGUAGAACAGUUGUGUAGAAGAGGCCAUUGCAGCAGGUCGUCCAUAGAGCUUUCCUUGCAGUGCUGCCAGGGAAGCCCCCAGAUGCAACAAGGCUGGCUGACCACCUUCUGUAGAAAGUGAAAUAACACAUGUUUACUACGUAAAGAGGAAGGCAUCUCCAUUAGGCCAUUAAGUCCAGAAUCUAAAAUUACCCAUCACUGCCUGCAGCUGCUGCUUCUAAGUAAAAAAACAAGCUCUGAAUAAACGAUCGCAUGGCAAACAUAUUGUCUGGUCCUGGUCUAAGUUUCUAGUCCUGUAGCAAAGGAAAACCUGAACUGUGGUAAUUGAACAUGUGUCUUUAACAGACAUGAGAUGCAGGAAUUAGCAGGUGAAGCUUUCGCUGGCAUGGAGAUAAGCCAUUUGUUGCAGAUCACAUGACUAUCAAAGGCAUGGCUAAAAAGCCAAUUAAAAAGAUGGCAACAAUUGCUAGAUACAAGGAAAUCAUUCAGAGUUGAAUCAUAGAAUUGUGGAGUUGGAAGGGACCCUGAGGGUCAUCUAGUCCAUCCUGCAAUACAGGAAUCUCAACAGGUGGUCCCCCAUCCAAUUUGAAACUCUUCUAAGCUUUGCAAAUGUGCCAGCAGUUUUAUUGCUUCUAAAGUAAUCUAAAGUCUACUCAGAAGUUAAGUCCCAUUGGAUUCAGUGGAAUUUACUCCCAAGUGAUUGGGUACAGGAGUGCAGACUUGAUUGAUGAUUAAGUUCUUGGACAGAGCUGUGUAAUUAUUCUUUUUGCUGAAUUUAUGGUAACCAUUAACAGAAUGAGAUUAUUUUUGCCGGUAUACUUCUAACACCAUGCAUUUUUUAUAAUCGACUUGGGGAGUGUGGGGGAACAAGCCCCUCAUUUUAAAGAUCUAAUUAAUACUUUCCCACCUGCUAAAUAAGAUGAGGAAAUACUGGGGAAAUUUGGGCUUUUGUUUCCAGAAGCAGCUGAAGGCAAUUUACAAGGGUGGCGCUUACAAAAGAUCUCAUUUUCCCUUCUCUGCUUCCAUCUAGUGUUCCAACAGCAAAUUACAUUAAGCUGUAGCUUUUUACAGCUUUUUGUAUGAAUCUGGUAAAAAGUGGCAUUGCUGCUGUGUUAUUUGAAUUCUCAAGGCCAACUGCUCCUGUUCAAGCUUCACAAACUACAUUCCAUUUAAUAUUGAAGCAUUAGCAGAUCAUGCUGUCCAACUGGGGAAAGAAAUGUGCUAGCUGGGUAAUUUUGUUUAAUGUAUGAUGGCAAGAAAGCCAAACUGCUCCUUUGCUACGGAAGGCUUAAAGGACACACACAGUCUAUUUUGUGAUAUUUUGGUGGGGCUAAAAAGAUAUUGCGCGGUAUUCAACUUUUGCUCAGAGUAUUGAAAAUAAUGAACCUAACUUAGUCACCUUCAUUAAUUUCAAUGGGUGACAGCAAUUUUUAAAAAAACAAAAAGUAAAAGAAAGUACCGUAAUUCCCCUCCAAGUUGCAAGUGUGCCCCCUGAAACUUUCAGCAAAGUUCAUAUCCCCCAAAUUGCUGAAAUACCAUCUCCUCAGAUUUCUCAUGUCUGAGUGGUGUGACUCUAUACUUGAUUACCACUCCUGCAUCAUGGUGAUUUACAGGUGCCAAGACUUUUAGGCACCUGAGACAAGCCACAAAAUGGCACUCCCCUCCCUGCCAGGGAAGGGGCGAGUGAAGACCUACAUCAGGAACAGGGUAUGGGGCAGAGGGAUAAAGAUCUACAUUGGAAUUUGCUGCCCAUAUGGAGCCUAUCAUCUGAGGCAAUCACCUACCUUGCCUCAUGGGUGGUGAUUUUUGACUGAGCCAUUACAGAUCAAAACAAAGGUUGGAUGGCCAUCUGUCACAGAUGCUUUAGCAGGGGGUUGGACUAGAUGACCCUUGAGUCACUUUCAACUCUAUAAUUCUAUGAAGAUAACAGACUAGAUUUGAGACGAAGGUUGUUGUUGUUUUAAGUGGGAGAAGAGGAUGGGGGUGGGGGUGGUGAGAGAGGUUAGAUGAGCUAAACAUAGUAAUCAAAUAAUGAAAAAUCCAUUUAUUAGUCCCACUAUCAACAUAUAAGAGGGACGCAGGUGGCGCUGUGGUCUAAACCACUGAGCCUAGGGCUUGCCAAUCAGAAGGUCGGCAGUUCAAAUCCCCACGACGGGGUGAGCUCCCAUUGCUCGGUCCCUGCUCCUGCCAACCUAGCAGUUCGAGAGCACAUCAAAGUGCAAGUCGAUAAAUAGGUACCGCUCCGGCAGGAAGGUAAACGGCGUUUCCAUGCGCUGCUCUGGUUCGCCAGAAGCGGCUUAGUCACGCUGGCCACGUGACCCAGAAGCUGUCUGUGGACAAAUGCCGGCUCCCUCAGCCGAUAGAGCGAGAUGAGUAUGCAACCCCAGAGUCGUCUGCGACUGGACCUAAUGGUCAAGGGUACCUUUACCUUUAUCUAUCAACAUAUAUGUCAAUGUGCAAAUGGUCCUUAGGAAUGAACCUCUCAAGAUAUAACCACAGUACCUUGCAACACUGAUACAGUGUCUAUGUACAGUGGUGCCCCGCAAGACGAAUGCCUCGCAAGACGGAAAACCCGCUAGACGAAAGGGUUUUCCGUUUUCGAGUUGCUUCGCAGGACGAAUUCCCCUAUGGGCUUGCUUCGCAAGACGAAAAUGUCUUGCGAGUCUAGAGAUUUUUUUUUCGCUCCCCCCCCUUUAUCUAAUCUGCUAAGCCUUUAAUAGCCUUUAAUAGCCUUUUAGCAGCUAAUCCCCUAAGCCUUUAAGCCUUUAAUAGCCGCUAAACCGCUAAUAGCGCUAAUCCGUUAAGCCGCUAAUAGGGUUGCUUCGCAAGACGAAAAAACCGCUAGACGAAGACUCUCGCGGAACAGAUUAAUUUCGUCUUGCGAGGCACCACUGUAUACUUGUCUUACUGAAUUUAUAGGAAGUUGUCAGGGGAAGGACGCAGCUAGCCAUCAGGCUCCUGAUGCACAUAGUUUGUGAUGGGCAUCAGUCAGCUAGUGGGGUUUCUUUCUAUAUGUUUGGACUACGACCUGUAAAACUAUGCAGCUGGAGUCCCACUGAUCAGCUUUUUGAUAAGACAGCAGCAUGAGGGAAAACCAAGAGUACAAUGGUACCUUGGUUCUCAAACAUAACCCAUUCCGGAAGUCCAUUCAACUUCCAAAAUGUUUGAAAACCAAGGCGCAGCUUCCAAUUUGCGCAGGCGCCCCAGGAACAAUAGCUGACAGCUGCAUCGGACGUUCAGCUUCCAAAAAACAUUGAAAACCAGAACACUUACUUCCAGCUUUUUAGCAUUCAGGAGCCAAAAUGUUCGAGUACCAAGGCGUUCGAGAACCAAGGUUCCACUGUACUUUCAGAAGGGUCCUUAUUGUGGGUUCAGUUGCUCCUCAUAAAGAUAAAGGUAAAGGACCAUUAGGUCCAGUCGUGACCGACUCGGGGGUUGCAUGCUCAUCUCGCUUUAUUGGCCGAGGGAGCCACCGUACAGCUUCCGGGUCAUGUGGCCAGCAUGACUAAGCCGCUUCUGGCAAACCAGAGCAGCACAUGGAAAUGCCGUUUACCUUCCCGCUGGAGCGGUACCUAUUUAUCUACUUGCACUUUGACAUGCUUUUGAACUGCUAGGUUGGCAGGAGCUGGGACCGAGCAAGGGGAGCUCACCCCAUCGCGGGGAUUCGAACCGCCGACCUUUAUGAUCGGCAAGUCCUAGGCUCUGUGGUUUAACCCACAGUGCCACCCGCGUCCCAAUAGUUGCUCCUCAUACUUAUCAGUUUUGCAGUGCUCACACAAUAUCAUUGCCAUCAAAAUACCAACCUGCAUUUUAAUCCAGGUUUACACUUUCUGGGGGAAAUCUGAUAAGCAAAAAAACAAAACAAGAAAAAAAAACCUAAGAAAAGCUUAAGAAGAUCAGGCCAAUGGCCCAUCUAGUCCAGCAUCUUGUUCUCACAGUGGCCAACCAGAUGCAUAUGGAAAACCUGGAAGCAGGACCUGAGCACAACAGAACUCUCCCUUCAACGUCCAUUUUGUGUCAUGAGCCAUGUGGAGGGGCCAUGGAACGGGAGGUUGGAUCUGGAGAAGGAAAGGAAAGGGAGGAGCUUGGAAUUGGAGCUGGGUGGUUCAGGAGAAGGUCUUAGUGGGAACAGGGGAAGAUGAGCGUGGGACCCUGAGAAGGGUCUGAGUCUGGAGACGGGGACAGUGGUUCAGGAAAUCCGACUCCAAUGACAUAGAAGCAUCUGCCAGCACAAACAAAACUUGAAGGUUCAACCCGAUUGCUUGCCCAAUUCUGGGACUCUCUGGCUGCUUGCCACAUGGAUGCUGUGCCUGCUCUGUCCUUCCAAAGGAAGGUGAAAGGGGCGUGCCACUUGUUCGAACAACAUCUUAGCUUGUGCUUAGCCAUGUAUUUGUACAUCUUUUGCGCCUGUGGUUCUGUGUACACCAAUCUGAGCCUACGUACCAUUUUUAUUUAUGUGUUUGGUCUUUGUCCAAAAACAAGUCCAUACGUAGUUCCAAUGAUCUGUCCAGCAGUGAGGACAUUUUGCCCCUUUUCUCAAUCCAUUAGGAAUUAUGUUUUUGUCAAGGAAAUUCUCUGACCCAACUAGAAAAUUUUCAACACACCUGGUUGGGGAUAGAAACACGGGAGUCUGCUUCAGUGUGUUAUAGGCGUGAGUUGCAGAAAGGUAAUUGCAUCUUGAGCUGUGAGGAAUUUCAAGUGUUUUGUACAGGGAACAGAAUAGGUACACACACUGAAAUAGAACAUGUAUCUUUCAAGCAGAGUUGUCCUCCCAUAAUUGCGUGAGUUCAUGUUUGGCUGAAUUGUUCCUCUUCUCUACACCUUGCUGAACAUUAUAAUUAACGUAUCCCUGCUGCUAGUCCUGGCUUUGGUAAGCAGCCUUUGGUAAAACUAAUUCUGGCCAAAAAACCACAUAAUUUAAGCAUUUGAAAAGUGCUCAUUAUUUCUCCAGUAAAGAAUGAUGACAAAAAAGUGGAUUUCCCCCUACGCAACAGGUGAUUAGUUUUCUUGAAGGGAAUGUAGAUUUAUGAUGACUGCUUUUUUUAUCUUAACAAAAACAAAAAUACACCCCAGCUGUCCAUUCUUCAGGGGAGAAUCCAAGCAAAAUCUAACAUCGCUGAUUUCUAAAACAAUCCAGUAUGGUGCACUAACCUCCACAGAACAGGAAACAUUUCAAGAGGGGCAAGAUUAACAAAUGAAGACAGUAGCUUUGAACACUUGUUUGCUGUUAGUAGUGCUGUAUAAAGUGGUGGCUCACUCCAAGACAAAACACCAGUGUGGAUAAGGCCCAGCCUAUUUCAUUGGCAUCCAUCGUUUAUUUUGUAUGCUGGGAGUAGAAGAGAAUGAAUUAAAUGCUGUGCUUCAAGCUUGACGACGAAAUGUUAUUGAACCUGUUUUACCCUGCCCUGUAUUUGCCGCUCCCUGAGAACCACACACACUGAAAGCAAGUUGCAAAUCAAGUAAAACCCAACUUGGUGAUUUGUCAUGCAACAUGUUGUCAGUAAUUUAAAUACACACCCAAGUCAGUCAUGUUAUUUAGGUUUCAUUACAGUUCACCGGCUGAGAUUUUUCUCAUCUUCCAAUCUAAGCACUUUCCAGUUAAGAUUAAGAACUGUGGGAUUUUCUUACUUAAAAAAUGAAGGUUAAAUAUCUUUUCAUAUGGCCAAUACCUCCUUCAGGCUGGACCAAGACAAGAGCUCUCUUUGCAAGUGAGGUUCUGCAGGGAGACUGAAUGCACAGUGUCGGAGCUGGAACCCUGUUUGCAUGGAAGCCUCAUGUGUUCAGCUGAAUGUUUGUGGGCUUUCUUUUCAGACAUUUGGAACAACCUGUGGGACUUAUUGGGCAGGGACAGUGGUGCAUGGGCAGAACCAUUAGGCCAUGUGGCACAGUCUUGCUCUGACACCCACCCCAUAUCUAGCCUAUGCAUGGAGGCUAACCUGUGAAGAGGGCUUUGACCUAGACCCAUCUUUGUAGUUUAUGUAUAAACGUAUAUAUGGAAAGAUGCCUACGGAGUGCGGAGAACUCUACAACAACCUGGGAUGAUUGCCCAGAUUUGUUCACUCCCCAUGCGCUCUAUGAAGGUUGGCAGGUUAUAGUCCAUUGAGAACGUAUAUGUGGUUCUGCUCCAUUUCAAGGCAUCCUUCAACUGGUGACCUGAAGAAAGUCAGGCGGGAAUGCAAUCUGUGUGCUGCCACCAAGUAGGUUUGACCAGGGACAGACUUUGGUAAUCUUUUGCAAUAUGGCACUCUGUGCAAGGCCAAGAUUUGGUGCCCUCAUAUGGAUCUUCUGCAUGUUGGAUCUUCUCAAUUUUACAUCCCUCGGCUCCGUGCCCUGUGCAGGGGAACCACUUGCACCACCCUAAAUCCGGUUAUUCUUUGACUAAAGAGAGAACUACAGAGAAGCCAACCAUACUGCAGAGGCCAGCGCAGAUGAAGUGGUACACUUCUCUUACCCAUCUAAAAACUUCCGGGUUGCUAACUGACCUGGAACAAUUAGACCUAACAUAUUAAUUUUAUGCACACUUUCCCCUAAUAUGUGCAUUUUGGAGAACUGCAUCACAAAAUUCAGAUAAGUGCCACAUUUCAAAGUAUAGCUCUUGUUGGUCUUUUUGGUUCUCAUACUGUUUGGGAAAACAUAGACUUGAUAAGAUUUACCUUUAAAUACAAACUGAAUCAAAUUUCUUCCUUAUCCCUGCUCUGGAUAAUCUAUCAGUGUUUUUUCAAGUCUCUUCCCUCAAGGAAUUAAGCCAAUACACAGGCUGGUUAAAGGCUGCAGAUCAAUGGCUGGCUCUGUAGUAUCUGCAGUAUCAUCCCAGGGAGAGCUAUAGCCAUGAUAAAAAAAGAUUCAGUAGAAAUAAAAUACUUCAGAUAGUGUGGGCUUCAGCCUGAAAGUAAGUUUUGUUGAUCUCAGUAGCACUUAUUGCGCUGCUAUUAGACAUGUAUAGAACUUUGAUUUACCUGUAACAGAAGAAAAAACAAUAAAUAAAGUGCUAAUUUGAAGUACAUAUAUAGAUAUACACAAUAUGGAUUUUGACUGAUUGCAACAUAGCCUCCCCACACCUUAAAAUCAGCCUAACAGGCAUAUUUUCACAGACAUCAUGUCACUUGGUAAAAUGGUUCCUGGACUGUUCCACUUCAAAAUUUUAGAUAAGGAAUUGCAUUAUAGAAUGCUAUCCCAUGUAAAAAUCUACAUGGCCAUAAACAGACAUCAUGCUAUUUCCAGUCCAGCAUGCUGGUCUUCAGUGAAAAGGAACUGAAUUUUUGUGUGUGGUGUGAACAAUUAAUUCAUGUGGCUUACCCCAUCUGCAGUCUAAACUGGUGUAGAGCGGAAACAGUUGCAACACAUGAUCUACUGUUUAUGUAGACUGGUUGCUGCAUAUUUUUGUUUGUUUUGUUUUGUAAUAUAUGCUUUUCUACUGGGAUGUGCUUGUGUUUGCCUGUGUGCUGAUAAGCACCAAUGCAAACUAAGGAUAUGGGCCAACUUAGCUUAGGAAUCCUGAUUCACUCCUGAAGUAAACUCCUCCUUUCAGAAGACAUGCUGGUUGUCAUUAUAUGCAUUUUGGCAAAAAUUGUGCAGUGGUACUUGUUAAUUAAUCCCAGUUACUAAUUGUCCAUGACAACACUGUGCACUAUAAAAUACAUAAACAUAUGUUUGGGAAGUAUAGUCACGCUUACUCAUUUAACCUUUGUGUUCUGAGUGAAGACACAAAUGUCAGCAAAUGCAUAAAUGUCUAGCUGGUUUGUCCUUUUUACUCUUUGGAAAGCAAAGGCGGUGGCAUUCUGUAAGGUCAAUGUUCCUAGGCACCACCUUUGCUACUGUACCCAUGAAGAGAGACCCUAAUUCCUAUAUGGACCCAAAGACUCCUGCCAUCUCAGCCCCUACUAAGUCCAACAGUGUCUGAAACAAGAGCCACUGUAAAAUUGCAGUGAAUAGGCUGAUGUUUAGGGUGCCGUGAGUAUUCAUAGCAUUUCCAGCCAAUCUCAUUAAUUUUCCUUCUGCCUUCGGCAUGUGAACUUUGCUGAGACUUGUGGGAAUAAAAUGUAUCGCCAGGAGCCUUUUCGCUGUCACUGAAGGCUCUCUUGGCAUCUGAAGUAUGUGUUUGCCAACCUGUGACCACUCUUGCAGUGUUCUCUCUUGUAUGGAUUAAGGUGUGGCUCAGUUCAUGCUGUUGCUGCGUACCUGAAACUUAAAGACGAGCAAAUUUCUCCUCAAGAUAAGCACAAAGCCUUGGGAACAAGAUAUACACGUUCUAGGUUCAUAUAAUUCACUCUUGCAUUUGCAGUUCUAUUAAUAGCUUGCAGCCUCCCUUCCAGGAAUAGGCUCAGAGAGUGUGUAUCAAUCACUUUUGUAUCCUGCUAUUCCUCCAAAGGGCAGCAUAGUGUAACCCCCCCUCCCUAAUUAAACCUGCUUAUAACCACCUUGUGAAGUAGGUUAUGUUGCCAAUGUGGCUUGCCCAACUUUGAGUUUCAUGGGUAAAAACAAAUAUUUCUCAUAUUGAAGUCCACUUUAUCCAAUGCCCCCUGGUUGGACUUGGAUUUGGAUCUACUGAUUGGUAGAUCUCAGACUGAUUUGCAGUAGAUCGCCUAGAAUUUCUGAUUCAUUUUGCUAUAUUCAGCACCUCAUACCACAACUUAGUUACAACAUAUACUAAGGCUACCAAAACAGAGAUAAGGUAAAGGUAAAGGGACCCCUGACCAUUAGGUCCAGUCAUGACCGACUCUGGGGUUGCGGUGCUCAUCUCGCUUUAUUGGCCGAGGGAGCCGGCAUACAGCUUCCGGGUCAUGUGGCCAGCAUGACUAAGCCGCUUCUGGCGAACCAGAGCAGUGCAUGGAAAUGCCAUUUACCUUCCCACCGGAGCGGUACCUAUUUAUCUACUUGCACUUUGACGUGCUUUUGAACUGCUAGGUUGGCAGGAGCAGGGACAGAGCAACGGGAGCUCACCCCAUCGCGGGGAUUCGAACAGCCAACCUUCUGAUCGGCAAGCCCUAGGCUCUGUGGUUUAACCCACAGCGUCACCCGCGUUACCACCAAAACAGAGAUAGCCACUAUUAUUUGUAGAUGCCAGAACAGGUCUCCAAUGCAGAAGGAGAGUUAGAUGCUAAAGCUAUUUAACAGUCAAAUUCCUUCUUCUUUUUCUUUUUUUCCUUUUUCCUUGCUUCUUUCCUGGGUGAGAUAUUUCUAACCAUGUGCAUAUAUAGUUUUUGAAUUGUUUUGUGUAUAAACUCUAUAAAUUUUGGGAGUUAGUGAGACAUAGCUGGUGGGCUUGGAAGUGAAAUUUUCCAGUACCGAGCUCUCCAGAGGGAAAGAGAUAAGAGUUGGUAGCUCUGACCUUGAAGUUGGUUGAACUGAAGUAAUUGUUUUGAGAACAGUCAUGGCAGAAAAAAGUAAGCAGGGGUUUUUCCUGUUGUUAUUCUGUCUCUCACAGCUACAAUAAACCUACCAUUAAAAUAAUGGACUGGUCAUUUCUUCGUCAGAGGGCAAACGGGCAAAUUUAGCAGGGGUUCAAAUACUUUCCCCCCUCACUGUAACCCCUUACUUAUGUUAGGUUAACAGAAAACAAUUAAAAAAUCAGGAAUUAACUUUGAGGAUUUAUUUUAAUCAAAAGAGAUAUAUGCAACAUUAAAUACAGAGGGCGCUCGGCUUGUGAAAAUGAUCUGUGUGGGAUGCAUGUUCGCAACCCGCAGCGUUCGCAACCCGCAGCGGCGCAUCUGCGCAUGCGCAGGUUGCAAUUCGGCACUUAUGUGCAAAGCGCGAUUUAGCACUUCUGCGUGCGCAUGACUGCCGAAACCUGGAAGUAACCCGUUCUGGUACUUCUGGGUUUUGGCAGUCCAUAACCUGAAAAAAACGCAACCUGAAGUGCCUGUAACCCGAGGUAUGACUGUACCUCACAGCAGGCUCCAGAAUCAUUAUUUUGCUAUAUAUUUGUUUGGCUCACCUCUUGGCAUGGGUGUUUAAUGCUGAAUGAUAGCGCAUAAUCUGACAUCAUACAGUGGUGCCCCGCAAGACAAAUGCCUCGCAAGACGAAAAACCCGCUAGACGAAAGGGUUUUCCGUUUUUUGAUGCGCUUCGCAGGACGAAUUUCCCUAUGGGCUUGCUUCGCAAGACGAAAAUGUCUUGCGAGUCUUGAGAUUUUUUUUGCUCCCCCCCUUUUUCUAAGCCGCUAAGCCGCUAAUAGCCUUUUAGCCGCUAAGCCGCUAAGCCUUUAAUAGCCACUAAACCGCUAAUAGCGCUAAUCCGCUAAGCCGCUAAUAGGGUUGCUUCGCAAGACGAAAAAACCACUAGAUGAAGAGACUCGCGGAACGGAUUAAUUUCGUCUUGCGAGGCACCACUGUAUGUUGGUUGCCUCACAUCCUCUAUGGGGUGUCCACCUUCUUCAUGAAUUAGAAUUACAUCCUUAGAGAGUAAGUGCAUAAAUAAAAGUAUCUGUUUCCAUACAAACAGCAAUUGUAGCCCUUUUAUUUGGUUAUACUUCAGAUUGCUUAAUAGCUAAACCUGAUUUUCCAGAGCAGAGCAAGUUUUCUUCUGGAGUUCCUACAACACCAGCUUCUAAGAAGGCUUCAGCAAAACGACUGAAAUUCUUCAGCCAGUAGACAUAGGACUGCAGUGUGUAAAUUUCUCAGGUUACUGCCCUGAAGAUUCCUCACAUGCUUGGCAGGGUUUUUUGUUUUUUUAAAAAAAUAUAUACAUUCAACUUCCAACUAAAGUGAUAGGUCUAUUGCACAGUGACAACUGGCUUGUUGUUUUUUAUGGGAUUAGGCACCUUGUAACAAAAAUGUAUUGUUAUCGUUAGCAACCUGUAUGUUUUUUGCUGUCUGUUGCGAUCUGUCUCUGCAUCACAGGAGAGAAUUUAGCAGAGACUAGAGUACAAAAAUAUGCCAGUGGAUUUUAACUGAACUGGUAUUUGUGCAAGGUGAACUCCCUCUUCUGCACCUCCUUUCUCCUCCCUGAAUGAGUCAGCCUCUGGUAGAGAAGCCUCCAAGCUGUUAAGACUCUCAGAUGGAGGACGAUCCUGCUCUUCUGUAAACUGAACUGCGUAACAGAGACCACUGGGUGCCGGGUUCUGGACCUUUUCAUUCAUGGUUUGAAGAGGUAAGCAUGGAUUUUAAUAUAUACUGGGAAUUGCUACAGGCCAAACUCUUCUAGUGAGUUUGGACUUACAGCAGCCAACUUCAGUUUUGAGGACUGGUUUUAUUAUUCUUUUACCACAUUCCUGCUUCAUAGACCUCUGUAUAAUCUGAUGGAACCUCUGAAGGCUACACAAAAGCUGGGGUGUCAAAAUCGCUUUAGAGUUUUGAAAACUUGCUUGUUCAAACGAUUCUCUAAUUUGUAGUUGUUUGCUUAAAUGAUAACUCUAGCGUGCACUCACCCUGGAAGGAAAACAGCUUAAUCUUUUUAUCUAUUUUUACACGUGGAAGAUGGUGGAAGGAGUAGCAUUUUACGCAUGUUAAUCUUAUGUGCAUUGUGGUGGAAAUGUACCAGUACAUUCCUUUCAUAGGAAGGAACAUAGAAAUCAGACAUGUCUUCAAAAACAAAGUAUGAAAUAAAUUGGGUGGAUGGCAGGGAUUAAAAGUUCUGCUUUAUUGCAAGUAUGUAGCAGAUCUUUGAAGGAAGGUGUUUUGCUUUGUUUUGUUCAAAAUAACAAAGAAAUAAGUUUCAAGUUGUACAAAAUGUUCCACCGUGCAGAAACAAUUUACAUUUGAAGCACAGGAGUGUUUGAAGGAAAACAAAUUCACACAAAUCAAAAUUUUGUCAUCUUUAACUAGCUGAUUUCAGGCUAUGUACAAUUUUAAAGAUUAAUUUCUUUCAAGGCAGAAUCCUCUCCACCCAAAUCCUGUAAAACCAGUUCCAGAAGCUUGCUUUGCUAUGAAUAGACAAGUGAUUUCAGCAUUACACUUUUGUACUGGGUCGUUAAACCUUCUCUUUUGUAUUUGUAAUCUCCCAUGACUGAGAUAAUGAUGAUCAUAUUUUACUAAAUACGUCAUUCCUUAUGUGCAAAACAGAAUACAUGUCUGCCUGCAAAAAUGCUAUUUAGGGUGUGAAACUUGUGAGAUGAGAUUGAAGCCUGAUGAUCAGUUUGGUCUCUAAAACAUGCAUGUAGUUAACUGCCAUUUUGGCCUAAUCUAAUUAACUGUGUGCCCUGAAGACCUGUUCUCAGAGUCACUACAACCUGUCACUACACUUGCCUCUGAUUACUGUAGGUGGUCCAAAUUCAUUUAACCAUAGAGUUGGAGGCUUCUUUUGUAGACUAUCUAGUACAACAGUCGGCUUGAGGAAGGAAGUCCAGAGAUACAGCAGAUGGUUAUUUAGUUUCAUGACUAUUUGCCCACCACCAUGAUGAGCUGAAUUCGGCUUUUAACACACCAAUGCAAAGGAGACCCUAACUGUAUUUAUGGUUAUGCUGAGAAGCUUUUUGGUGAGAAGGUUUUGUUUCUGUUUUUUCUACAGUGGUGCCUCGCAAGACGAAAUUAAUUCGUUCUGCGAGUUUUUCGUCUUGCGAAUUUUUCAUCUUGCGAAGCACGGUUUCCCAUAGGAAUGCAUUGAAAAUCCAAAAGGAAACAAACUUGCAAGACGUUUUCGUCUUGCGAAGCAAGCCCAUAGGGAAAUUCGUCUUGCGAAGCAACUCAAAAAACGAAAAACUAUUUCGUCUUGCGAGUUUUUCGUCUUGCGAGGCAUUCGUCUUGCGAGGUACCACUGUACUUAACUGUUCUGCAUAGACAGUGUUUCGGCUCCCAUAGUAUUAACUACUAUGCUCAUUAAGCUACUACAGAACACGGUUGCUGGCAAACUGGAGCUCCUGAAGUUGUGUAAACCUUUCUGUGGUUGAUUCUUCCAUCUGCUGCAUUGCAAGCUGCACACAUUUACAGUAAUGGAUAAACCCGAUUUAAGUGCUCCCCAUAGACUUGGUGCCACUGCCUAGUUGCUUUUGACCAGAUCUUUAUUGCUGGUUAUCUAAAGAUGUGCAUACGUCAGUGUAUUACAUAUUGUUUGCUGCAUGAAGCAUUGACGUGGCUUAGAUGAUUGCCUCAGCAGUUGAAAGUGUGAAGAUGCCCUUCUUAAAGCACCAGUAGUUAGAAUGGCUAUUAUUAUGAUUUCCUCUAUGUAAAAGGAUCAGAUCAUGCUUGCUUAGGGGAUCCUGCUGCCAGUGACUUUCACCUGUUUUAAAUCUGUUUUACAAAAGCUUUGACAUUCUGUAUACUUUAAAAACUUAAUUUUACUUCCAGCGUUCUAUCCUAAAAACUGCAUUAGCAACCCUCCAAGUAUCCCUGCUUUCCAGGGACAGUCCCAAAUUUACAGAAAAUGCACCAGUUUCUGAUUUGAUCGCAGAAUGUCAUGCUUUUCCUUAGGACAUCCCUAUUUUCAUUGGAGAAAUGUUGGAGGGUAUGAAGUUAUCUGACCCCUGAGCCAUUUGAAGGCAGCCCUGUAUAAGGAAGUUUAAAAUGUUUAAUUUUUUAAAAGUUUUGUUAUAUGUUGGGAGCCACCCAAUUGUUAUUAUUAUGGAAUAGGACAUCCCUAUUUUCAUUGGAGAAAUGUUGGAGGGUAGGCAUUAGAGCAGGGGUGAGUAAUCUUUUUGAAGUUAAUGGAUGAAUACCCUUGAGGGCGCAACACCUUUCUCUCUCCCUUCUUCUUCUUCUUCUUCUUCUUCUUCUUCUUCUUCUUCUUCUUCAUACAUUCAUUCAUUCAUUCAUUCAUUCAUUCUUUCUUUCACUUUCUUCCACACUGACAUCUCCCAUCCAUCCAUCCAUCCAUCCAUCCAUCCACAUACACUCGACACCAGCAUUAUUCCCAUUCAUCCACGCAGUCUCUUGUCCUCUCUCAUCCAUUUACACAAAUGCCACACACAUGCAGCCAUGCAGCCAAGUGCAACCCACAAGCCAUUUGUUCUCUUUCUCACAGAGGGCAGCACCUAGAGCAUCACUGCGAAGCUUGUUCUAGCUCUGGUGGUCCGUAACUGGGCUCUUCUCUUUCUCCUGGCACGUGUGAAGCAUGUCAGGGACUGGCUCGAUGAAGAAGAGUGAUGGAAGGCUGCCUCCCAAGAGUCCCCACCAGGGAGGGCUCUGAAGACUUCACCUUACAGCCCAGAGCCUGGUGGUGGGACACUGAGGAGCAGUCAGCAGAAGGGACGAGCUGGGAGCUGAUAGAAGCAGGAGACUUGUGCCUGAGGGAACCAAAGGGACCAAGGAUUUUGACAGUAUUUUUUCCUCACAACAGAUCUGGGCUGAGCUGACUUAUUGUGGGACAGUAGCAAUGAUUUUUUUUAUUUUUAAUACUGAGAACUUAGAAUCUCCACAAGUUUCAGCAGGGAUAAAAUAAAGGCAGCUCUAAUGUUGCUAAUUGUCUACUCUAUAGCAAACCUCUUUUUUGUUUGUUUUUUUAAUGUUGCCCCCUGCAAUUGACCCCUAUUUUGUGUGUGUGGUGAUUUUGUCAUCCACCACAAUUUUGAAACAAAAGUUCUUUUCUCAGUGCUACAGGAAACUAUCCUUAAUUUGUUAAGGUGUGGAUUCUGGAGCCUGGGGCAAAGCGAGAAAUUAAAUCUUGUGGAGUCACAGGAUAAUAGGUAAAAUAGAGAUGGGAGAAUUAGGCCAGGGUGAGAUUGUUUGUAGACCUGCGAUAAAGAACAAGGAGCACGAAGUUUACAACCCAGCAUUAGCAACUGUUCACACGCCUGCCUCUCCUUCCCCAGUUAUUUAGUUCACAUAGACAGCUGAGGUACACUUUGGGAAAUCAACUUGGUACAAUAUGGUCCAUCAUGUAUGGUGGCUGGACAGCAGCUGGAACUUGAGGAUAGUGAAAACCUUGUUGGUUAAAAGGAGAAGUCCUGUCUGGAGCUGUGAAGGGCCAGAGUUGGGCCCUUGCUCAGUCUAAUCACACAGGAACAAGGGCAUAAGGACAGGGGUGUGUUGUAGGAGCAGCAAAAAACAAUCUGAGGCACACUUGAGGUUACAUAGGAACUACAGUACUUAUACAAUAUUAAUAUCUUCUCCACAUUUGAGCAUUAUUUAGCUGUUGAUCCAUUUCCCCUCAUUCAAAUUAGACCAGAGUACUCCACCCCUGAAUGCAUUUGAAUUUGUAUAUGAAGAGCAACUUGGAUGUUGUCCAUUAAUACGCAUAGGAAUUCCCUAUUGUGAUUGUUCCCACCUUCUAAUUUGUUGAUUCUAUUAUGCUGAUUAAGACCAACAGGGCAUGCAUUCAGAUAAAUAACCAAAAAUUCUCCACCCCGGAAAUGUGAAACAAAAUAAUACACAGUCUCAGGCAAUUGUGAACUCUCAGCACACACCUUUGAAGUUUUCUGGUUUUGUGCAAGGGGUCUCCUAGCAGCUCUCAGCACCCUUAAAGGAUUACAGUUUCUUUGGGGAAAGAUAUAACCAGCAAACUGGUAUAAGACUGCUUAAAAUGUACAGUGUGGGUGCAGCUAACACUGAGCUGUGGAUGCGACAAGACUAUAUUUCUUUAAAAAAUUACAGGAAUUAUGUCUAAGUUUGCUAAUACGUACAAGCUAGCAUGUCUGAUGUUUAUGUGGUCAGUCACUGAGAUCAGGAUACUGGACUAGAUGGGUCAUUGACCUGAUCUAGGAGGUGCUUCUUAAGUUCUUAUGCGUAAAUGUUAUGCAAAUCCUCAUUUGCCCUCCUUUUUUAGGUGAUGCAUUUCCCUUUUUUAUUAUUAUGCUUAAGUAAAGGUAAAGGUAAAGGGACCCCUGACCAUUAGGUCCAGUCGUGGCCGACUCUGGGGCUGCGGCGCUCAUGUCACUUUAUUGGCCAGGGGAGCCGGCGUACAGCUUCCGGGUCAUGUGGCCAGCAUGACUAAGCCGCUUCUGGUGAACCAGAGCAGUGCAUGGAAAUGCCAUUUACCUUCCCACCGGAGCGGUACCUAUUUAUCUACUUGCACUUUGACGUGCUUUUGAACUGCUAGGUUGGCAGGAGCAGGGACUGAGCAACGGGAGCUCACCCCGUCGCAGGGAUUCGAACCACCAACCUUGUGAUCAGCAAGUUCUAGGCUCUGUGGUUUAACCCACAGCGCCACCCACGUCCCUAUGCUUAAGUGGUCACCCUAUUAAAUUUUCCUGCCAGACUACAGAUUAGUUAUUACACAGAGGCCAUUUCCAGCAGCAUCUGCAUGGUAAACAUAGCUUCGCCAGGGUCCUUAUUUCACCUGCGUGCCUUUUCCUUGUGAAUCCGUACCAGUUUUGGAGCCAGACUUGCGCUCCUCACGUAUGAAAUACCUUUUGCAUCCCUCUUUGACGCCAGCUCAUUUCCUCCCCCAAAGCCAUCAUUCCUUUAGUAAUCACCACGCCCAAUUACCACACUCCCUUGCCCAAACAGGAUGGAGUUAUCAAAACUAAAAGUAAGCAUGCGUGGAUUAAAACAUACACACCCCAUGACAGCAACACAAAAAUGCAGCUGCCCUUCAUCAUUUUUUUCAGCUGUUGAGGACUGGUAUUGUAAGCUUAUUCACAUCACGAUGACUUGGAGAUGGGAGUCCACCCAAGAUUGUUUGCUAUUUUGGGUUCAUGUUUGUUUGUCAGCCGGAUAAAAGGGUGCCUGUCGCGGAGCUGUCAUAUUGUGAGUACCCUGGUGCAUGCUGAAACUAUGACUCACCAGCGUACGACAAACAAGUGAAGUAGUGGCCAAAUAAUCGGUAGUCACUGGUAUACAUACAGUAGAUCGAUCAGACAACACAUCUGCAGAAGAUCUCUCAGCUUGGGAUGAAGAGAAAGGGAUAAAUGAACUUGGGUGCUUAAUCUUACAGAGAGCAAUGAGCUAAACCAUGUGAUGUCUAAGCAGCAGACCAUAGCCUCAUAAAUAACAGUUAUCAAAUGUGGAUACAACAAAUCAAGAUCUAUUGCAGUGAAAUCAAAGCCUAUAUUUAGUUAGCCAGACAACUGGCAGUAUUAUCAAAUACCAUAUUUUUUGCUCUAUAAGCCUCACUUUUCCCCUCCUAAAAAGUAAGGGGAAAUGUGUGUGCGUCUUAUGGAGCGAAUGCAGGCUGCGCAUCUAUCCCAGAAGCCAGAACAGCAAGAGGGAUUGCUGCUUUCCCUGCACAGCAAUCCAUCUUGCUGUUCUGGCUUCUGAGAUUCAGAAUAUUUUUUUUCUUGUUUUCCUCCUCCGAAAACUAGGUGCGUCUUGUGGUCUGGUGCGUCUUAUAGAGUGAAAAAUACGGUAGAUCUGUGCCAGUUUCUUUUGGUCUGUGAUAAAGAACGGAUGGAUUUUGCCACCAGAUCAAAUUACUUUACUGACUUCUUAUAGCCAAAUGUUUAAAUUACAUAGUACAUGUGAAAAAGGAGACCCCAGUGGAGGGAAAGCAGGUGGGGCAGGGGAGGCGCUUAACCCCUUCUAUUUCAGCCUUUUUGUUUCACACUCCAUUAUGUGCUCCAAGUUACUUUUUCAAUUGUUGCUUCUAGGGGUCUAAAAAUUCAAAUCAGCAUAUGAAAUCCAGACCUUCCAUCCAUUUACUUUAUUGCCCUUUUAGGUCACAAGGCCAGGUCACAAGGCAGCAGUCACAAUUUGUACUGUUCCCCCAGCCUUCCCAGAAGCAUUUUUUUUUUUUUUGAAAUUGCAAUGCAAAUUCAACAUCCCAAGACAUCUGGCAGAUAUAGAUUGUUUCAUCUCAGAUCAUCCCACCGUGAGCUAGAGCUCAGAGGAAUAUUGGCCCGAGGGGCUGUAACUACAGCAUUUUCAAGCUGCAUGCUGAAAAAAUAUUAGUUGGGUCUCCUUUGGGAAAAUUAAAAUAAGAACAAGUAAGAAGAGCAAGUAAGAAGGAAAUGGUUUUUUUGUGUGUUUCAACUUUAGUCACUAAAAUUAUCAAAACAAUCGGAGGGGGGGUGUCAUUAUUUUUGCUUCCCUCACCCCCCCCAUUUGUUUUAAAACACCCAAACAAGUCAAUGGGAAUUAUAUACCAAAUGUCUUCUAUGCUGGCUAGAAAACUGAAAUUGGUAGCAUGCCUCAUUUAAGAUGUCCUGUAUACUAGAAAGGUUUGAAAACAGGGCAAAAGUGAGUAAAAUGCUUGCACUGUGUCCCAGAGCAAGCAAAGCCAUAACUUGGGAGGGAAUUUGGGGUUGUGGGAGCUGUUUGUUUGCCUCUUCACACACUCUGAUAUAGCUUUGGGAGGUUUAUAAAGUUGACAAGAAUGUCCUUCCUUCCUUCCUUUAGAAAAGUAUUUACAUAAUGAGACUUCAUAAAAGAUCAGGGUAGUGUACCACAGCAAUACCACACUGCAAACAUUUAAAAGCAGCACAGAUUGAUCAUUUUUAAAGGACUGGCUCCCCAGGAAAAAAAUAUUAAACAACGGCACAGGCAUGUCAGCAUUAACAAAUCUGGAAGAGACUCCUAAACACCAAAAGUGAAAUGCAAAUGCAAAAUGAAAUCCAAAUUUGCAACAUGGAGCCUUUAAUUUAUAUGUUGGCAUACCAAAGAGUGUCAACAGUCUGUGAAGGUGGAGUCUUGCAAUGAAAGCUUUGCCAGGGUCGAAUGCUUAUAAAAACAAAAUUCCUCUAAUUCAGAUAGCAUGGAAAAAAUAAAAAGCAGCCACAAUGAGCAUUCAGCUUUUAAAUUGAUCAAGCACACUUUGGUAUAGCCUUUCUUUGGAAUGGCAGUAGCUACCGAAACAACAUAAACCCGAAGCAAAAAUCAACUAUCCCCACCCCGUCCCCAGCAAAGCUUAUCUGAUAGUAUAAAAAGAGUGGUUACUAGGAAAUACUCCAUGUUGGCUUAAUGCCCAGUGAGCAUUUCAAAACAAUUUCUUACAGAAGGCUUGAACAUUUUUGUUGUUGUUGGGUGAGAAGAAAAGCUUCCUGUCAUAUGUUCUGCCUGUUACACUUUGCCAAUGAAUUUGACAUAAAUUGAAAGGGCAAGGGUGUUGCUAACAUUUUCAUGAUCAACAAGUAGAAUUCUGAAGCUUAUGCAGACAGGUGUGAAUUAAUAGGUGUGGCAGGACCAAGGUUUUUGGCCUCAGUCUGAUACUGUUUUCAGUCAUUUAUGAAAGGACCUGAAGAAUCUGUGAUCCACCAAGCCAGUUGCUACCUACUGACCUGGGUGCGCUGCUGGAUGCGCAGAAAUAGCCUUGGUGUCACAUUCUCCAGCAAGCUAAAGAAAACCUGGUGGGAUAAGUCCCACGAUUGGAAUGUAAUAAUGGGGGGAUACAAUCUAUUUCAGAGAAACAGACCAGACAAGAAAGGAGGAGGAGUGGCGUUAUAUGUCAGGGAUGUGUAUACCUGUGAAGAGAUCCAAGAUUUAGAACCUCAAAGCCAAAGUGAGAGCAUUUGGGUCAAAAUUAAGGGAGAGAAGAAUAACAGUGACCUCAUUGUGGGAGUUUACUAUAGAUCCCCAAGCCAAACGGAGGACAUAGAUGAUGCCUUCCUGGAACAGAUGGCCAAGCAUGCAAAAGGAAGGGAGAUAGUAGUAAUGGGGACUUCAAUUACCCGGAUAUUUGUUGGAUGUCAAACUCAGCCAAGAGCAUAAGGUCAAACAGAUUUCUCACUGGCCUUGCAGACAACUUCAUUGUCCAGAAAGUGGGAGAAGCAACAAGAGGAACAGCCAUUUUAGAUCUGGUCCUAACCAAUGUUGAUGACCUGGUUAGUGGGGUAGAAGUGGAAGGAUCAUUAGGCGCGAGUGAUCAUGCUCUUCUGAAGUUUACUAUACAGCGGAAAGGAGCAGCCAAGCAUACUAGGACUCAAUUUCUUGACUUUAAGAAAGCUGACUUCAUAAAACUUAGGGAAGUGCUGGGUGAGAUCCCAUGGACAGUAAUACUAAAAGGAAAGGGAGUUCAUGAUGGCUGGGAGUUUGUUAAGAGGGAGAUACUAAAAGCACAACGUCAGGCAAUACCAAUGAGACGGAAACAUGGAAGGUGCCUAAAGAAGCCAGGGUGGCUAUCUAAAGAACUUUUAACUGAGUUAAGAUUAAAAAGGAUGUGUACAAAAAUGGAAAAGGGGGAAACCACCAAAGAGGAAUUCAAACAAAUAGCCAGCACGUGGAGACACAAAGUCAGAAACGCUAAAGCACAGAAUGAACUCAGGCUUGCUAGAGAGGUUAAAAGCAACAAAAAGGCUUUUAUGGGUAUGUCCGUAGCAAAAGGAAGAACAAAGAAACAGUGGGGUCACUCAGAGGAGAAGAUGGUGAAAUGCAAACAGGGGACACAGAAAGAGCUGAACUCCUCAAUGCCUUCUUUGCCUCAAUCUUCUCCGAUAAAGAAAACAAUGCCCGACCUGAAGAAUUUGGAGCAAAUGAUUCAGCAAAGGAAACACAGCCCAGAAUAACUAAGGAGAUAGUACAAGAAUACUUGGCUAGUUUAGAUGUAUUCAAGUCUCCAGGGCCAGAUGAACUGCAUCCAAGAGUAUUAAAAGAACUGGCAGAUGUGAUCUCAGAACCACUGGCAGUCAUCUUUGAGAAUUCCUGGAGAACAGGCGAAGUCCCGGCAGACUGGAGGAGGGCAAAUGUUGUCCCUAUUUUCAAAAAGGGGAAAGAGAGGACCCAAAUAAUUACCGCCCAGUCAGUCUGACAUCAAUACCAGGGAAGAUUCUGGAGCAGAUCAUUAAGCAAACAGUCUGUGAGCACCUAGAAAGGAAUGCUGUGAUCACCAAUAGUCAGCAUGGAUUUCUGAAAAAUAAGUCAUGUCAGACUAACCUGAUCUCGUUUUUGACAGAAUUACAAGCCUGGUAGAUGAAGGGAACGCAGUGGAUGUAGCCUACCUUGAUUUCAGCAAGGCAUUUGACAAGGUGCCUCAUGAUAUUCUUGUAAAGAAGCUGGUAAAAUGUGGUCUUGACUAUGCUACCACUCAGUGGAUUUGUAACUGGCUGACUGACCGAACCCAAAGGGUGCUCAUCAAUGGUUCCUCUUCAUCCUGGAGAAGAGUGACUAGUGGGGUGCCACAGGGUUCUGUCUUGGGCCCGGUCUUAUUCAACAUCUUUAUCAAUGACUUGGAUGAUGGACUCAAGGGCAUCCUGAUCAAAUUUGCAGAUGACACCAAAUUGGGAGGGGUGGCUAACACCCCAGAGGACAGGAUCACACUUCAAAACGACCUUGACAGAUUAGAGAACUGGGCCAAAACAAACAAGAUGAAUUUUAACAGGGAGAAAUGUAAAGUAUUGCACUUGGGCAAAAAAAAUGAGAGGCACAAAUACAAGAUGGGGACACCUGGCUUGAGAGCAGUACAUGUGAAAAGGAUCUAGGAGUCUUGGUUGACCACAAACUUGACAUGAGCCAACAGUGUGACGCGGCAGCUAAAAAGCCAAUGCAAUUCUGGGCUGCAUCAAUAGGAGUAUAGCAUCUAGAUCAAGGGAAGUAAUAGUGCCACUGUAUUCUGCUCUGGUCAGACCUCACCUGGAGUACUGUGUCCAGUUCUGGGCACCACAGUUCAAGAAGGACAUUGACAAACUGGAAUGUGUCCAGAGGAGGGCAACCAAAAUGGUCAAAGGCCUGGAAACGAUGCCUUAUGAGGAACGGCUAAGGAGCUGGGCAUGUUUAGCCUGGAGAAGAGGAGGUUAAGGGGUGAUAUGAUAGCCAUGUUCAAAUAUAUAAAAGGAUGUCACAUAGAGGAGGGAGAAAGGUUGUUUUCUGCUGCUCCAGAGAAGCGGACACGGAGCAAUGGAUCCAAACUACAAGAAAGAAGAUUCCACCUAAACAUUAGGAAGAACUUCCUGACAGUAAGAGCUGUUCGACAGUGGAAUUUGCUGCCAAGGAGUGUGGUGGAGUCUCCUUCUUUGGAGGUCUUUAAGCAGAGGCUUGACAACCAUAUGUCAGGAGUGCUCUGAUGGUGUUUCCUGCUUGGCAGGGGGUUGGACUCGAUGGCCCUUGUGGUCUCUUCCAACUCUAUGAUUCUAUGAUUCUAUGAUUCUAUGAUUCUAAGCAUUAAAAAAAAAAGAUGUAUUGUUCUCCCAUAGGUUGAUGAUCUGCAGUCAGCUUGACGAGUCACAAUUGUUCAGGCCUGUUGUUCAAUGCCUCUGUUGUUACAAUACUCGUGAUAGAAGGCAAAGGUAAAGAGACCCCUGACCAUUAGGUCCAGUUGUGGCUGACUCUGGGGUUGUGGUGCUCAUCUCGCUUUAUUGGCCGAGGGAGCCGGCGUACAGCUUCCGGGUCAUGUGGCCAGCAUGACCAAGCCACUUCUGGCGAACCAGAGCAGCGCACAGAAACGCUGUUUACCUUCCCGCCGGAGCAGUACCUGUUCAUCUACUUGCACUUUGUUGUGCUUUUGAACUGCUAGGUUGGCAGGAGCAGGGACCGAGCAACGAGAGCUCACCCCGUCGCGGGGAUUCAAACCGCUGACCUUCUGAUCAGCAAGUCCUAGGUUCUGUGGUUUAACCCACAGCGCCACCCACGUCCCGAAUACUCGUGAUAGCAAACAAUUUAAACUUUAUCCUUUCUUUUGAAAAAAGAAUCAACUAGAAUCACUUGGCUGGAACUGGUGGAAGAGUCUAUCUCUCGUGCCCCUUUAUCCUGCUGCAGAACACCCUAGGAAUUGAACUUAAAACAUGGUGUUGUGCGGCAGCUUCUGAUCAGUGUACUGGCAUUUGCUUUGUUUCCUGUGGAGGACUUGGCACUAUCCAACCGUCUUAGGGACUCCACUCCAGAUUUGUGUAGGGUUUGCCCCUUAGCUGUUUCUUCUACCGAAUAUGUCCUGCAAGGCAGUACAGUGGUACCUUGGUUUGAGAACAGCUUAGUUUAUGAACAACUUGGAUUAAGAACGCUGCAAACCCAGAAGUAGGUGUUUUGGUUUGUGAACUUUGUCUUUGAAGCAGAACAUGUUCCGCUUCCUAUUGAGUGUGUUCCAUUUGUAAAUUGAGUCCCCCCGCUGCUAUGGGAAAGCACACCUUGGUUUAAGAACGCUUUGGUUUAAGAACGGACUUCUGGAACGGAUUAAGUUCAUAAACUAAGGUACCACUGUAGAGGUUUAGAAUCAGAGUUUGCCUUCUCCUAGGUGGGCUACCUGUUAUGUACUGAAGUUCUCACCCUGGGCCAGCAGGGGGAUACUGUAGAUAGUUUUCAUUCAAGUCCACAUAUGCAAAUAAGGAAUUGAAAGUGACGUUCAGUGAUUGGAUAGUUACAGAAAGUUGUUACUGUUGCUUUGUAGUUGAACGCUAUAUAAGCAGGCUGGCUGAACCCUUCAGCCCAGUUCUGUUCUGGCCUGUGAAUAAACAAGAGCUGUUUGAAGAAUCGCUGUGUUGUCUGAUAUGUUCACCCACAACUUAACACUACCUUCCCAGGUUGAUGAGCCUCAUCUGCCCAAGUGGAAAGUAGCACUUGAUUUUAAAUUUAAUAAUGUAGCAGUCACUAUAUCCAAGCACGAUUACGUGAACGAUUACGUUGAAUAUAUUCUCUCUUCUCCUGUUUUUGUCCUUGUUCUAUGGCACAGUCAUUUAUAGUAUCUAAAAAACUGGUUUGGUUUUGUCAUUAGUACCAAAACUUACAUGUACCCAGUCAGUUGGAGAGAAGUUGAAGCCAACCAUUAUUUAUUUAAUUUGAUACUUUCACUCGUUCCCUUCUUUCCCUUUCUAAAAAUUGCCACCAGACUUUUAGUUAGCAGUGGUAAGGCAUAGAAGCUCCUGAGUGCUUGUUUAGUUGUGUGGUCAGGAAUCAGACAGCAGAGGGUCUCUGCUGACUAGUGUAAAGCAGAGCAAAUAAGGAAUACCAGCUUUAAAAGACAACAGAAGCUGCUGAGGAGGGUGGACAGCUGUUCCUGCCUCCUAUCUGAAGAAGAAAUGUCAGCAAGCCAAUAUCGAAACCUCUCUUACAGCAGCUGACUGCUCUGUAUGUUGGUGAAAAGGAGUCUCUCCUAUUCUUCCACAUCUCAGAGAAGCAGAGAGCCCAUUCAUAUUCUUGUAUUUGAGGCCUGUGUGAACUGACAGCUUAAGUGAGGACUUGGGUCCUUGCUUGAGAUGUAUUGGGUUGUGGCUAGUCAAAAUGUCUAUGUGUAACUCCAGGUUUGAAUCAGAGACAAUAUCCCACUGAAUACCAGCUGCUUGGAGCAACAACAGGAAAGGGCUAUUGGCCGAUUGACCAUUGUGGGGAACAGGAUACUUGGCUAAAUAGUUUGACCCAUCAGGAUUCUUCUUAUGUUCAGUUAUAUGAAAGCUGGCAUCUGGAAAGUGAGGCUGAGGAAGAGUUGUGGUCUCAUUAUUUUAGCCUGCCAUUUAUGUCUUUUGCCAGAUUGGGUCUCCUCCCACCCUCCCACCACCCCAUACUUAAUGUCUCUUAUUUUUACUUUCUUUCAGUGCACCAUAAAGAAAACACCUCUGAACAAAAUGACAACCUUCACUGUAGGAAAAUCGGCCCCUAACAAAAGUGGUAAUGUGCUAUCACUCUUUCUGUUCUGCUUCUGUUGAGUUAGUCAAGGGGUUGGGGGGAAAAACAUAGCCCCCUCUUUUUAAAAUGUCAAACCAACAGAUUGGCAAAAUGUCUUCCAGCCCUUUGCAUUUUGUGUCAGAUGUACUUCAAAUUUAACUACAUGCUGAUUAACCCUUGUUGUUUGUGUGUGUUUUUUUGUUGUGCCAUGAGGUCCCAGUUUGAGUUUCAAAGUGGUCUUGAGAUCAGUUGAGAUGGCUGCCGCCACUCCUCUACAAGGGAAUCUAGAAGCCCCACUGAACACAGCUGGGCUUCCUUUUGACCAAACAUGCCUAAGAUUGUGCUGUCAAUAUCUUCCAUUCAGCCAGAAGCACCUCACAAAUGCAAUAUAAUCAUUUUUAAAAGUUCUAUCAAGCAAAAGCAGAAGAAUCUUUAUUUGCAUCAGCCACUAGCCAUAGCAAUAAAAUACAAUAAAAUGUACUGAAUAUCGAGUUUUUGCUGACAACAGUACAUUUGUGCAGAGCUGCAAACUGGAAGAAAGCAAAUGUUUCAACUCACUCAGAGAGGUUUAGCUUUCAUUAAAGCUUUCAUUAAAGCUUUAAUAAAAUCUUAUGGUGGGGCGGGGGAACUAGCUCAGAGAGGUUUCAAGGAAUAUGGCAAGUGUGUGAACAGACUUUGAGUGCAGCCCUCUACACAGUUAACUGGAAGUAAGCCCCAUUGUACUCAGUGAGAUUUACUUUUGAGUAGACCUGUAGUAAAUAAUAAGAUGAAUUUGGAGAGUUUUAGAUAUGUUGGCCUCUUAUAUUGGAUGGGAUGUGUUUAUAGGGUUUUUUUUUUUAAAGUUUUAUAUUGAUUCUUAUUUUUGUAUUAUGUUGUAUGGAACUUUGGAUGGGAUUCACCUAAUGGGCCCCAUAAGUGGAAGCCAUGUGCAAGUACUUCCACUUGUGUCAUGGGGCUUUCCUCUUCCUCUCCCCACACCCCGAUGCUCCCCCAGUUGGUCCUAAGGGAGGGCUGGCAGAGCCCCCAGAACAGUGCAAGGGGGGGCAGGAGGAGGAAAAGGGCCACAGUCCCAUUAGCCAAGUCAAAAUGCUUGCACAGAUACAGUAUAACAUUUGUCAUGGCUUGACAAUGAAUUCUGCCCUGUUUGGAAGCAUUUAUGGAGGAAAACAAUGAAAAAAAUUAGUUUACUGAAAAUUUGGUUGUUGUUUUUAAUUAUGCAUUGGAAAGAUAACAUCAUGAUGUUGAUCAACAUGCUAAGCCUAUAGGACUUCAUCCUUAGGGCGAACCCUGGUAUUGUGUGGCAAGAGAUUUCACAUGCAUCAGGCUCUAAUCCCAUGCAAACCUGCCUGGUAGAAAAUCUCACUGAACUCAAUGGAGCUUGUGUCUCAGUAGAAAUGUUCAGGGUUGCACUGUAGGUAUUUCUAGCAAAAUAGUUAAUAGUUGUGUGACAUGUAGGCAAUAGUCUACCACCCUGAUUUCAGCUUUGAGGUGUCUCUGGGAACUUUCCAAGUCUCACACUCCUCUUAAUUUACUAUUUUAAGGUAGAUGUUUUAUUAGAAACUAUAGCACACAUCAGUGAAAUUUGCAAAGUGAACAAUAUAUAUUUGAUCAAAAAUUACAUUUGGUAUGUAAUUUCUAAUUUUCUUGCCUGUGCACUAAUAGAUACGAAGAAUGCUUCCAUUGCAAUGAAGAGUAGACAACAAGUUAUUAAUGAGGUCAACAAGAAGAGGACUCUGUUACAAGAUAACAGCUGGAUAAAGAAAAGACCCGAGGAGGAAAAGUAAGGGGGGGGAGACACAUUUUGGCUUUUAUCUUGUUGUGAUCUGCUAAUCCAAACAUGGCCCAGCAGCUUGGUAUUGUGGCCUGCCAAGAGGCUUGCCGUGGACAAACUUCAUGUUUUGUAGUCCUCGAAAGGCACAGCCACUCUUCUCGGUAGGUCUUGUCACUAUGAGGCAGUUGUGGAAACUGAAGGACUCUGCCUUCCCCCAGCUGCCUAAGUCUCCUCCUGUCCAGGGUUUUCCCCAAGCAAUUUGAGACUGCACCUGCAUGCCUGCCUUUGCGCCUACUUCAUGCCUCUCCUGGUCCUGGGAGACCAGGGAGGAGGGGAGCUUUUCGCAGCAGGAGUGGGAGACACCCUGGCUUCUUCACCAGCCUGACUCAUCUCUGCCUCUUGACCUCCCUCCUCUCCUGUUUCUGCUUCUGCACUUCCCUCUGCCACAGAUUCUCCCUGCUCACUAAAACCUGUUACCUCUUCGGCUUCCAACAUCUCCUCCUCCCAGCCUCUCUUCUCCCUCUGAUCACUCACCAUCAUCCCACCCCCAAUCUGAAGCCUUCUUCCCUUGUGUGCUGGUCCGUGUGGUGAGGUCCAUGUCCAGUCCAAGGUCAAGGAGGCUGUCCAUCAAAGCUGAAGCGGGGUCCGAGGCAGGGAGUCAGGUGAGGUCAGGAACUCUGGCAGAAGAGCAGGACAGGGUGCAGGCAGGAACGGGCUACCAACAAUGUUGCUCCCGCAACCUGGGACUGGGGCUGGCUGGCUUUUAUCUGCCCUAGGGCAUAGGGUGGCCCCGAUCCUCAGGUGACUCGCCUCUCCUGGCCUGGAGGCGAGCACUCCUCCUGCGGGAACUUAGUUCCCUCCGCCUCUCUGCCCUGAGCCUCUGCAGCUCAGGAGAGGCUGAAGGGUUACCGGACCCAGAGGCAGCCUCAGCUUCUCCUGAUGGGGCUGCGAGUGGAGCACCUGCAGGCAACGAGUCCUCCAUCACCUCAGGAGCCAGAGCAGACUCAGCUGGUGCCUGCACCUGAGGAUCCAGCACAGGUGAGGACCCUUCAGGCUCAUGCCCCAGCCCCGGCUCAGCUGGUUCUGGAGGCGGGGACUCCUGUGCAGGCUGGGAUUCCUCAGGUUCAGCCUCCAAGUCCGAAUCCCAGGCCAUCACACCUUGGCUGUUCCCCAGCCAGUGCCUCCCACCAUUCCUCUGCUUCCAACCAGUCCGUGGCACCCUGCCUCUGAAAAGGAGUUUCUAAUGAUCAAUGAUGUUUAAUAACCACUACUGGAUUGAUGCUCCAUGAAUUUGUCUACCAGCCCACCUUUUCCUCGGUUGUAUGGGCUCUUUGAAUCUUGGCCCUAGACCAAGAAUGGGGAACCUGUGGCCUGCCAGAUGUUGUUGGAUUGCAGUCCUCACUUUUCCUGAAUGUUGGUCACUGGUUGCCCAUCCCUGCCCCAAACCAACAAGUUCUUGCUAAAUGACACAGAAAGGAGUUGGCUGCUACAGUAGUUGGGCAGCCAGUUUGCUUCUUCUGAGAGUCUUGCCUGUGCUUGCAGCUCUUGAUGCAGCCAUCAGCUGCAGAGAGAGGAGAGAUGGAAGGCAGGCCACUAAGGCGUUUGUGUCUGUGGUUUUAUGUGUAAUCUUAAUAAAACUUCUCCCAGGGCUAGGCGCUGCAGAUCAAAGGAUAAGAUCAAAGUACUUCAGGAGAUGUUUAAAUUAAACACAGGUAGCACAAGAGAUAGAAAGAUUAAAAAUGCUUUAUAGAAAGCUUGUAGUAUGUAGCAUAUUGCCAAGGCAUGCAGAUGUCAGAGUUUCACUCCAAGUGGCAGGGCACUUAACACUUAAAACAAAACAGUAAAAGUAGGAGAGGCCUGGGAUGCAUCUGUAAAGUCUCCUUUGUCCAGUCAACAUCUGUUACAUCCGAUCUAUUGCAUAUCCAAUGGUGAGUCUAACUCUAUGCAUUUCAAACUGUGUUCCGGGGAACCCUGGGGUGCCUCAUAAAUUCUCCAGGCAUUCCUUAAUGAUCAGUACAGACAAACAAGCUUACCUGAAAGAGGCUAGCUCACAACUACCCAUAUUCUAAAGCACAUUCUCUGUAAACAUAGUGUAAUGGUGAGGUCGAAAUAUCCUGGUCAAUACCUUGCAUGAACUGACUAUGAAAAGUAUACACUUCCCAGAAUUCUCUGCUCUGCACAUAUAGACUACAGCUACAAUAUUAUAAUCAACAACUGCUGAAAUUCCUGCUUUGACGCAACUGCUAAAUUUAGUCAAGAGAAUCAAAAUAUUUAUUAAAUAUCUUGAAAUGAUCACCUUUGUCGUCUCUCAAAUCUGGAACAGAAUUUUGUUCCAUACUCUUUUUUAAGCAAACUGACCUAAUUCACACCUCCCAGGCAAAUACAUGGAUUAGCAGCUAAUUAUCCUUCAGAUUUUGCACUUUUCCAAAGUUUCUUAGCUCAAAAAAAAAAAUUACCAAAAAGGGGGGGGGAUUGCACAUGUAUAUGUUUUGUAAUGCAUUGAUUGAAAUAAUACAUAUUUAAAUGAGUAUUUUGUGAUAGCACAAAUUUGCAAAUUAAUGUGAAAAUGGGAUGGAAUGGAUUUAUAAAUGACCACAUGCAAAACCAACAGAGACUGGAAACAGACUGACCCAUGUACUCCAAAUCUGGACAUUGUAGAUGCAGGAGGUCUAGGGCAGAUGUGCAGCACUCCUUUGACCAACAGAUCUGACUGGAAGGGAUUCCCUCAAGUUUUGAAAGUUAAAAAAUUUACUGGUUUUGCUUUCAUAAUGGAAGCAUAGGGUUUAUGGCGAUCUAGUUCAGGCAAAGGCAAACUCAGCCCUCCAGAUAUUUUGGGACUACAACGCUCACCAUCCCUAGCUAACAGGACCAGUGGUCUGGGAUGAUGGGAGUUGUAGUCCCAAAACAUCUGGAGGGCAGAGUUUGCCUAUGCCUGAUCUAGUUUAUAAUAGCCAGAAGGUGAGGGCUGAAAGGAAUCAAACAGCAUUUUGCAGAAGAGUUAUCUGUAGAGCAAGGGAAAAGUUCAGCAAACAAAGCCUGAUGAUUAAAGUAUGUGAACUUUGUCACAGAUGUUGGCAUUGGGUCCUUCCAUAUUUAACUCAAGAUGAAAGCCUUAACUCCAUUAUAAGAAUCAAUCUUUUGUGCUCUGGCAACAGAAUUCAUUUAUUUGUAUUACGUUAAUAACUUGAAACUCAAGAAAGCUCGAUAGCUCCAUAAUUUGUGCCUUGUAGCUGCAGAAUUAUAACUUCCAAGAAGUCAUAUGGAUAGCUAUAUAAAAUCUGAGUGUAUGUUCAUAUGCUGUAGCUUCAGUCUGUGUGUGUGUGUGUGUGUGUGUGUGUGUGCGCGCGCGCGCGCGCUCUUGGUGAAAGGUUUAUAGCAAUUUAUGGACCAGAAAGGAUCCACACUCAUUCAUAAAUCAUUGUGUAAAAAUGAGGAGGUGCAUCUGAACAGCUGCCCAGGGCUUUUAUCUGAUUACAUUACCAAUAUAUGCUACAUUUAGAAGUAGAAUCAGUAGAAAAGUGUAUAGUCCCUUGAGUAUUUUCCCUUUGUCAGCCUCUUCCUACAUUGACACACUUCCUUGAACAGGGCCUUCAGACAUCAUCAUUAGUUUAUAGGCACUAUAUAAAUGAAAAUAAUAUGAAAUAUUUGGUUUAUUGCAGCGCUGAUGAAAACUAUGGCAGAGUGGUCCUUAAUCAAUACAAAUCACAAGAUGGUUUACACAGGUAUAGUAGCCUAUUAAUCUCUAUAAGUUUCCUCCACUUUUUCCCAACUAUGGAAAUAUAUGCAGGCUAUGGUUGUUUGUUCUCAUUAAUAACCUAUAGCAGGGCUGAGAAACUUGAGAUCUUCUAGGUGCUGUUGUAACUCACAUCAGUCCUGAUCAUUGGCAAUGCUGGUUGGGACAGAUAGGAGUUGGAGACUAACAUCUGAAGAAUUUGCUUUAUUGGUUCAGCAAAGUCUAUGUCUUUGAUUGCAAUGCAAUAUUCCCCUUGCAAAUUACAUACCGGUAUAUUAGUGACAGAAUUCUACAUUUCAAGUUAAAAAUGUGCUGCAUCUACCCAUCCACCUCCUCUCAUCCACUGCUUUUAAAAAUGAGAACAGAAGAUGGAAAAUGGAUUUGUAAUAUGUGAUAACGCCAACAAAUUUUUGAAGAGAUAGGUAACAUAAUUAGACAGCUAUGAAAGGAUAUUGACUAUUGAGGAUAUUGCCAUGUAUUCACAUGAUACAAGAUUCUGUGGAAGUGUGAAGAUAAUUUCUCAACUUUUUUUUUGUUCAAUUUAGUCAGGAGAAUCGAAAUAUUUAUUAAGUAUCUUGAAAUGAUCACCUCAACUGCGAUAUUGGAAUAUUUCAAUUUAUUUCUUAUCUCAAAAGAUCAUUUGUUAAAUUGCAGAGGUUAAUCAUCUGACAGAUCUAAUUUGGAUACUUUAGUGACUGGAAAUUUUCUUUAAAGUCAUUACUAACCCUCAGUUACUAUAAUUAAUUAAUCUUUCUUAAUGUCAGGAGCACCGAUGAAAAGGAUGAUCAAAAAGCUUUGCUUAGCCGAUAUAGAUCCGAUACAACUUUAGACAGGUAAGGGUUUUAUAUAGAUGGCUUUAUUGUUUUGUAUUAUAAAGUUUGGAUGCUCUCAGGUUUUUGUACCCGGCUACAAAAUCCUGCUACGCUUAUAAUGCGAUUCAGAUGUAAUUACUGUGUUGUGGGGAGACUGUGGUUUGGUGUAACAAAUAGUGUUGUGGAUAGAUGAGACCUGGAUUCAGACUUCCCCAUUCAGCUACGAAACUCAUCAAGUUACCUUUACAAAGUUGCUGUCACAUAGCCUAACCUACCUCACAAGAAUAAAAUGAUAUCAUUUUAUGUAUCCAGAGCUCUUUUGAAGAAGGAUGGGGUACACAUUUGAUAAUUAAAUUGAAUAUCUGCCUUAAGACAGUGAAGGGGAACCUGUGGCCUUUCAGAUGUUUCUGGCUACAACUCCCAUCACCCCUGACUACUGGCCUGGCUAGCUGAGGCUGCUGUGAUUUGGAGUUCUGCAGCGUCUGCAGAGCCACAGGUUUCCCAUUCUUGUCGUAAGAGACGCUUUGGCUUGGAUCCUAACAUCUGUUCUCCUCUUGGAAUGGGACUUUCCCACCUAGCAGAGGUGGCUAACCUGUGGGUUGCAUAUGGCCCCCUAAGUGAGUUUGCCCAAAGUCUCCCCAAAGUUGUCAUAAAUUGACUGUUCUUAUGGGUCCCCCACUGUGAGUCAUAAUACUAAAAUGUAUUUUUUUGGGGGGGGGGCUCCCCCAAUUUUAUUUGUUAACUAAUUUAAUUUUAAAACUAAUUUGAAAAAAUACUGACUGCUCCCAUAGGUCCCCUACAAAGCUGUUGCGGCCCUCCGAUUAAUAAAUUAAUGAUGAUAUUAAUAAUAACAAUAAAUAUACAGUAUCGUAAAAUACUCCAGACACAGAGCAGUAUAUAAUACAGUCGUACCUUGGACCUCAAAUGCCUUGAGAGUCAAACGUUUUGGCUCUGGAACGCCACAAACCUGGAAGUGAUUGUUCUGGUUUGCGAACGUUCUUUGGAACCCAAAUGUUCGCCGGGGCUUCCGAUUGGCUGCAGGAGCUUCCUGCAGCCAAUCUGAAGCUGUGAUUUGGUUUCUGAACAUUUUGGAAGUCGAACGGACUUCCGGAACGGAUUCUGUUCGACUCCCGAGGUACGGCUGUACAUAUUAGCAGAGAACCUGGCAUGGGGCUGCCUUUUUUAAUAAUAGCUCUAUACUUACUGUAACACUGGGCCAUUCUGCCUGAGGUGUGUAAGAGGAGCCACCUCUUCUCAUCCACUGUUGCCAUUGCACUUCCCCUUCCUGUACUCCCAGCCUCGCUCUGCAAAGGGACAAGAGGGUCCUUCCUGCGAGUGAGGCACUCGGCUGGGCGAGAGCCAUCUUUUGACUUUAGAUUUCCACCUCAACAGAACUUCUAGCUACCACAACAAGGCCCGGCAUGCCUUGCUCUGAAGAUGGACCCCCCCUCAAAGCCCAUUCUCAGACUGAGGCAGGUUGGAGGAGAUUAGCCUCACAUAAUUUUCACAGAGAUCCAUUUUGCCGUGAGGGAAGGAGGAAGCAGGAAGACACCGUGUUGCUGUUCUCCCAUAUCCAUCACCUGAGGCAAUAGUCUCAUUUUGCUUCAGUGGGAUGGCCCUGUGGUCACAUGUAGCUCAGCCUUUAAUAAAAGUCUGUCUGAAAAGAGAAAGUUGAAUGAAUUGCAUACUCUUGGUUGGUUCAGUAUAGACAGUGAAAUUUCAGCAUAUAGUCAUAAUCAUAAUAAGACAUCGAGUGAGUCAAUUGAUAACCACUAGUUUCUGCAGCGAAUGCUACCCUGGAUACAGUAAAAUUAUAUUACAAAGACCAGCUCAGAUUGUCCUUUAGUUUAUUGCUUUCACACUGUCUCUGGGCACAUUAGAUAUAACUAGAUGAUGGGCAAGAUGGUAAAUUACAGAGCUCUUGUGAACUCCAGAGAUCUUUGGGAUUCCUGUGUGUCUUGUAACAACCCCCAGGACUUUUCUUAAGGACAUUCCUCCUCAAAACCAGCCUGUUGCCUUCACAGCAAGCAUUUUCUCACAGGAGAGAUGUGGUCAUGUGUUUGCUGAUGAUGCAACAUCAACUAGGUUUCCUCAGCUAGGUGCAGCAACCUCCUCUACCUUACAAAACUGUAGGAAGAAGUGACAUAGAGAAAACCACGGGCCUACGUAUAGAAGUACAAGGAAUCAUAACUGCCCCCAGUCUACCGCAUUAUUAUAACAGCAUGCCUCCCUUUCGCUGGAGUUGUGUUUCUGAAAUUCCUCAAACCCAUAUGGGGGCAUAACAGUCAAAUAAAAGGCCUUUUUGAGUAAAAUCCCGCUUCAUAGGUCCAAAGCUCAUAGGAUGCAAAAUGCUCACUCAGCUUAUGCUUUUGUAGCACAACAAUUGGUUUGUGAGCCCCAAUCUGCCCCCAGAUCUGUUGCAUUGCCUACAUGUCGCUCAAUCUUCAGCAUGAUAUCAUUCAGAAGACCACUUUGUGGCAGAUAUAAAUGGCAUUGCUACCUUAAAUGGUUAAUUCAGCUCCGACAGCAGGAGCCUUCCAUUGAAGUGGAAGUCAGGAAAAGGUUUUCCAGCAGUGACUUUGAAAUCCAUAAAGGCCAGGAAAGGGCUUGUGCUUUUUCUUUAAUGUAAAUCUAAUGGCUUAAUGAAAUCAAUGGUAAGCACAGCUAUCCUGACCUUCUUGGUUUGAUGCAAUGGCUGCGCUCCACAAGGAAUUAUACACAAUGGGCAACUUCAAAUCAUAUUGAUCUCCGGAAACACUUGAUGGGGGGUGAGCAGCAAUAUAUAGGGAGUGACAAUGAACUGUUUUGACUGAAGAUGCAUUUUAGUUCUUUAUUAAGGGGCUUCUCAAAGGAUUUGCUGUUUUUCACUACUCGUUUAAAAAAGAGCGUGUAAUAAUCUCUGGACAUUUAAUAAUUCAUUGGUUUUCUAAGACUUAAUUAAAAUACUCUUUCAGCAAGCAGAAAAACUUUUUAAAACUAAUAAGCACGAACGUUAUAUUGAGUCAGCUAGUAUGCUGGUCUCAUUAUCACUGUAGAAGUGUGUGCAGAAGCUACGGGAAGCUUUUUCUGCCUUGCUAGGAAAUAUUAGAUGUUGACAUUUUAAUUCAGGCAAUCUUUUUCUUUUUUUAAGAAAAGCUAAUUUCUACUGUUGGUGAAAGCUCGUUUUGCUAUUUUUUUAGGAUUCCUGGCAACAGUGAUGCUGACAAAGCAAAUAAGCUUUCCACCUUGGAUGGCAAGCCAAGUAGCAGGUAUGUGUAAGCAGUGCUUCAUAGUCAUCCGUUUAGGGAGCACCUCAGGUUUAGUACAAAUCAAGUGGGUGGAUCUCUAUAGGAAUCCUUCCUUCCUGGGAGCCACUGGUGCUGGUGUGGGACCUAGCAGAUCACGUACUUUACUGUAGAUCUAGGAUACAGAUCUUCAGAAGUUAUUGAUAUACCGUUGGAGCUGGUCAUGGAGGAAGCCUUAAGGGUGAAUCACACCUUGUGUAAGACCAACAACUCUUGAUUCUAAGCAUCACUUGUCAGUGCUUUGUACACAAACCACAGUGGCCUCAUUCAGAUCAAAUCAUUUAUUGUUAGAAGCCCAGAUGCGAGGAGUAAAAAGUGAAAAACAACAACAACCUUUACAGUACUUCUGUUUUUGAUUAAACACAGUUUGUCGUCUCUAACCAUUGAAAAAGUAGUUAUCCUUAUGUAUGGUUAACUGAAACGACAAAACUUUAAACUUUGGUUGAUAAUUUUUCCAGGAAGGAGCUGGAUGCAUCUAUCAACACUGGCAACGCCACAUCGCCUGUGAAGAAGAAAAGGUAUUCAAGACCUUCUUCAUUUUUACUGUAGAUAUCAACGUUUUCGCAAAAGCUAUCUAUCUAAUAUAGAAAUUGAUUCUAAUAAUUACUCCAGCUGAGAGUGGAGCCCUCAUAAUCCCCUGAUGUUGAUGUCUUGGGGAAGGGGUUAGGAUGGUGUACUGUUGCCGGUUUGCCAACCUCCACCAACACAGCAGAAAAUUGCUGUGGGAGACCUGUGUUAUGGCAGAAGUCCCAAGCUUCCACCAGUGGUUCUCCCAUUGAGGAUAACCAGCAGAAAGGAUAUUGGGGGCAGCAGUGGGGCACCAGAGACUUUGGAUCAGCCGGAUUUGAAGACCCACAUAUCCCAUGAAGGGUCUAGUCCUCAGGCCUUUCAGCUGCACCAGUCUGGAGCUAAAGUAGCAGGAAAAGAAAUGGCUGCUCCACCCACCUUUCAGCAGGAACUGGCAGGACUUUGGGUGCUGUGGCAAAUCUGUGCCUCCUCAACCCCUCAUUAGGACUGCUCUGCUCAUCCUUCAAAAGAGAAAUUUAAGUGAAACAUACAAGUAAAAGAUGGAUUUGAAGCACACUUACACUGAGGAAACCUCAGUGAGACUAAGUAGUAGUGACUCAUAAGUGUUGCUCCCUAUGCUACUCUAUACUUGGCAAAUGUUUUUACGGAUCUUGUAAAACAUGGGGGAUGGGAGAGUAUGGGACCCUUUUACUGCCAAGGAUAGUUCCAGGCUGAUUUGAGUGUUUUUUUUUAUAUGACAGGCAUAGGGUAGAUAGUCUUUUACAAAUUUAAUAGUUUGAAAGGUGGUCCCCACCCCCCAGGAGGUGAUAAUGUGAUUAGUAGCUGCUUCCAUUUGCAGGAAAAUUAUAACUACGGUAUGUUUUUCCCCACUCUUGCCAUCUGAAGUUAGCCGGGAUUGAACCUAAAAUCUUCUGCAAGCAAAGGAUGGGAAAGACAUUCUAGGAAUCUCUGCAUACACAAACAACCAAUAGCUAUGGUGUUUCCUCUGUUCUUAAGAGAAGUGGCAGCCUUAUUCCUGAGAUAGGAAACAUUAGACACAUCAAAAAAUAAAUUUAUUCUCAGCAAUUCUCAGUGGGGAGACAAAAAUGCAGAAUUAUACAGUGGCAGCUUUGCAGUUCGUAUUAAUGAACAUCACUAUAAGCAAGAUCAAGCCACAGUUGAGUGCUUAAUUUUAAUUAGGAUUUAAACAAUGGGAUUUAAGUUGAUAACAGGCAGCAUAAACAUCUUAGACUUUGGGUCCAAAUAAAAAGGCCUGUAAAAUGAACUAUAUGGUUGUACAUUAUUAGGCAGUCAUGGAUGCCUCCCCCAGUCUCCAGUCAGAAGGUCACCAUAGAUGAUGAACAACACAAAAGGUAAGAAUUUGAAUUUUAUCCAAGUUAUGUUCAGCUCUCAAAUGUUAGGAAAUGCUUCAAAAGAAUUUCUCUUUGGUUGUUAUGUUGACAGCUUUGGUUGAGUUUUUGAGGAAUAUCUAGCCCACAUCAUUGUUCUAAUUUUAGAUACAAACUUGAAAAAAUCUGUGACAGUGUAAUCCUAUGCAUCUUUGCUCAAAAGAAAGUCCCAAUAUAUUCAUGGAGGCUUACUUCCUAUUAAUUCUGUUCAGAAUUGCAUCCUGAAAUAUUCUAAGCUUGUCUGCCAUGCUGAGAGCCUCUUGGUAGCUAAACACUGUGGGAUAAAAAUGUCAAAUUAAAUAAAAUACAUAUCUUUAGUAAGAUCCAGGUGAAGUUAAGCCCUAGUAACCCAGACUGCAUGUGCAGCUAAGCCAAACCAUAGCUGGGUGCAAACGAAUCAGCCUGCAGAUUCCUGGAACGAAGACAAUGGCUGGUUUUGCUGCCUGGAGUUAAACUGUAGUUUGUCUUAGCAUUAUGUCCAAACCUGGGCUCAUGGUUUAUCUCACUCUAAACAAACCACAAGCUGUAACCAAGGUUUGUUUUUACUACUCAUGGUUUAUUUGGGGAUUCUAAACCACAAGUCUGGGUUCAUAUGUAAUAUGAAGCCAAACAAUGGUUUGGCCAAAUUAGCAUGUUGGCAGCAAAAGCUGUGAGAACCCACACAUUUGCUAAGCCAUGAUUUGGCUGACGGUUAUGUGUGAUUUCAAGAGAGUUCAUGUUUUCCUUUCUCAUUGAAAUCAGUUAGACGUUGGAAUUUUAAAUCUCUGUGCAUUUACUUGGGAGUAACCUUAUUGAAAAUUAGAGUAGAAAUGUUUAUGGCUGUGGUGUAAAGUGGUUUGGGCUUUGGUUUGGCUGGUUUUGAAUGCUAUCAUGACGUUGACUCAAUGUGUAAUACACCCUUAUGGACAGAUAUAAGGAGCUGCGUUACAUGGAGUCAGUCCAAUGGCUCAUCUAGGCAAGCACUUUCUCCUUUGAUGGUAAGUUGCUCUGCAGGAUCCUGGGGUCUUUCCCAGUCCUGCUAUUGGAGACCUUACCUUUUAGCUGCAGAUUCAAAUGACUGGACCUGAGUCUCACUAUAUACACGAAAAGGAAGUGCUCUGCCGCAACGUAUGGUAUCCGCGCUACCUGAAAAGAAUAUUUUAGCUUGCAAGAAUGCACACAGAGAAACUGAAUCACACAACCUUGAAAGUAAAAUCUUCAAUGUGAAUUGUUGGUGUGUGGACUUGAGGCGUUGUGGUUUCUUCACCACAUAGCCAUGUCAUGGUUUUUCAGCGUGGGUAAACAUUUUCCUGCACUUCAGCAGAAUAAGUCUUGUAAACCUUGGCAGUGCAUGGUAAAAUAUCUCCCUCUAUUGAAAAAACUGAGCUCUUCACCAUCUGCCCAGGGACAGACCACAUUCACUCAACCAUUGCUUCUGUCCUCUUUCUCAUGGAAGUUUAGUGCUCAUUUCCAUGUUUUUUCACUUCCAGAAAAAUAAACCUGUUUGUAUGAUUUGCAAAAAUCAUGGGAGUUUUGCAUUUUAAUUUCAUCAGGGCAUACAGAUCUUUCCUGCAAUUUUAAAUGUAGUAUGACGCGGGUCGCGCUGUGGGUUAAACCACAGAGCCUAGGGCUUGCUGAUCAGAAGGUCAGUGGUUCAGAUACCCUCGACCGGGUGAGCUCCCAUUGCUGGGUCCCAGCUCCUGCCCACCUAGCAGUUCAAAAGCGCAUCAAAGUGCAAGUAGAUAAAUAGGUACCGCUCCGGCGGAAAGGUAAACGGCGUUUCCAUGUGCUGCUCUGGUUUGCCAGAAAGUGGCUUAGUCAUGCUGGCCACAUGACCCGGAAGCUGUACGCCGGCUCCCUCGGCCAGUAAAGCGAGAUGAGCACCGCAACUCCAGAGUUGUCCGUGACUGGACCUAAUAGUCAGGGGUCCCUUUACUUUUACCUAUGACAUGGCGGUACAUUGAUCAAAAUGUUGCUGUUCCACAGUUCAAUAGAUAAUGCAGUGCAAAAGGAACAUUAGGUCUGGGAUCACAACACUAGCAUUGUAAUAAGGAGAAACGAUGCAAUAAUGUCUGAAUGCACUCACAUGUACCUAUGCUCCCAUUUUCUGUUGGUUCAGGGAUAUAUAUAGAGAGAAUAUACCUGGAUGCCAAGAUCCAAGUUUGGGGCAAGUACCCUUUAGUGAGAGAACACCAGCAGAGAUUUAAAAUAAAUAAAAAAUAUGCAGCAAGGUUAAGUAUGGAAAUAUAGGUUGCUGGGCCUUUAAAAUAGGCCCUUUAAAGUGAGUUCCAAAGUUAAACAUGGUUUUCUUACAAACUGCCCCAAAAUAAGAUUCAUGUGCUUCCAAAAGCUACACAAGCAGCAGUGCUUUUUUCUGGGGGUACAUAUUUUAAAUACACAUGUUCAGCACACAAAUUAAUUCAGUAUUUUUGUUCCAUCACACAGGCAUUCCUGGGCCUCACAAAAUACAACUACAGCUGUAGCCACCAAUAACAAACCGUAAGUAUACAGUGCUUAUUGGAUUAUUCUUUUUUUAAAGAACAUAAUGCAGGACUUCUUCAUAUGUUACGUUUUCAUGUGUCUCAUUUUUUGAGUGUGUGCAUCUAAUAACAUAAGAUAUGAAUGAGUCUCAGUCAGAGCAUGAGACUCUUAAUCUUAGAGAUGUGGAUUCGAGCCCCAUGUAGGGCAAAACAUUCCUGCCCUGCAGGGGGUUGGACUAGAUGACCCUUGUGGUCCCUUCCAACUCUUCAAUUCUAAAAUUCCAUGAAAUGCUUGUUUGCAAACACGUACCGUAGAUCAUUCAAGCAUAUUUAGGGGGACUAAGUGGUUUUCAUUCCCACAAUGAGUGCACACUUGGUGGCAAAUCUGGCUUUGCUGCCGUGUCAUCUAUGAAAUAGAUGGACUUUGAGCAUUAAUGAAAUGUGCAAAUAGAGAAGGCUUGAAUGAGAGUGAGUCAAAACAAGAGAAAGCUCAUCACGUAAGGUCAUUCAAAGGAGAGGUGCACGGAUCUUCCUUACCUGUAAGCUAGGUGAAUGCUGAGGCUCUUUGAGCCUAACACUGUCUACACAAUAUAAUAAUACAAUCUAUUGCCUUUUAAAAUAGGGGUGCCUUGUUUUUGUUUGUUAUUAUAUUUUUUGUGCUUUUAUAUUGUAAACUGCCCCAUGAUCCUUGGGUGAACGGUGGUAUAGAAAUCUUCUUAAUAAACUGACUACUGUUUUCAUACUAUCCCAUCUCCCCUUGAUGCUUUGUAAAUAGAGGUUAUAAAUAACCCAUAAGACUCCAGCCAUCCCUAACUCUGAAAAGGAUUUCCCUGAACUUAUUCUCCACCAGGCAAAAUGGAGAAAAGUAGCAUCUACUUUCUGAUACCCUCAAAAUAUAAUUUUACUGCUAUUUCCAUUAUCUUCCUUUCUUUCCCGGCUUUCACCAUAAGAUUCCAGCACUUAAAAAAACACCACAAUAUUAAAACCAUUUAAAAACAAACUACAGUCAGGAGAAUGUAGUGGAUCCUAAAAAUCUCUAUCUCAGCUGUCAACGGCCUGUGUAAAUAGGUGUGCUCUUCUGCUUCCCUCUGUGGGGAGGAAAUCCCACAAUUUAGGGGGCUGACCCAGAGAAUGCCCUGGCUCCCCCACCCAAAUUUCUGAGGGCGGUGGAAACUACCAAGAGGGCCAUGUUAUAGGCAUGCCUUUUCCUCCCCAUAGGAGUGUUAAAAGUGCUCAAAGCUUGGGUUUUAUUCCUGAGAUUUUCGUUAUGUGUUAAAUUUGCUUACAUUCUUCCACAGACAAUCAGCAGGGGCAGCCAGCAGGGAUGCAAUUAAAAAAACACUUUUUUUCUGAGGGAUGUCAGAGAUAUGACUCAUAAUUUCUGUGCAUUGCAACCAUAUGGUAUGAGAUACAACCCCAUAGUAGAAAAGGUAGGGCUUCCUUGUUAUCAGUUUCUGGGUUGCAUCUAUUGAAUGACUGCACCGCAAAAAGAAAUCAAGAUUCCCAUUGCUGUUCAAUUCAGUUCUGGAAUUACUCCAUGUUGUGAUGAUCCCUACCUAAAAAGAGAAUUUGGAAAGUAUCCAUUAUAUAAUCAUAGAAAUCAUAAAGUAUAUAUGAUUUCUAACCAGAGGUUUGUCUGUCUGUCUGUCUAUUUGUUGCUUCAGAGUUUCAACUACUUCAAACAAAGGAGGAGGACCAAAGAUGUAUGUAUUUUCAUUUCUAGUAUUUAGACUUUAAACUUGGAAAUAGUGUACAGGCCAGCACCUGUUAUUUAUAGUUUAUUUCAUAGUUAUCCAAAGAAAGAGAAAAGAAAAGAAAGACAACCAUUACUUUGCAGGUGUAUUGAGAAUACUGGUCUACCUCGUGGGGACAUGUGGUUGCUGAAUGAUUCUGUUUGUCAUCUUUUGGCUUCACUGAUCAAAUUGCGAAUCACAGCAAAAGCAGCAGCAAUGUUUGAGAUUGGGACAGCAUUUACUGCCAUUACCAUGUUGACAUUUUUGUGUGUGUUCGUCUAAAAGCUUUGGCCUUCCAGAUGUUGUUGGAUUCCAACUCCUAUCAGCCCCAACCAGCCUAGGUUGGUGGGAAUUAUAGCCCAACAAUAUGUGGAGGAGCACAGGUUCUUCACACCCUUCAGUGUGAGGUCCUGCAAAAAAAUGAAUUUUCCUUUUCAUUCUGCAGGACUAUCUAUUCAUCGGAACCAAUUACAUCUCCAAAGUCAAAUGCUGCCGUGAGCGAUCCAGCCAGAACUAGGUAACAUAAAGUGAUGUGAUUAAUGAUUGGUGUUUUAUGUGAUGACACGAUAACCAAUGAUGGUUGCUACUGGGUGCAAAGUAAAACACUUAUAAGCCCCGCUGAUUUCAGUGGCAGAGAUGUAAGUCAGGAAAGUAGCAGCAACAGCAAUGAAAUGUUUUAUAAAUCCCCUGUGACCUGUGCCCCCAAAAUCCAUGGCAAAUUUCAUGUAAGAAAAUUGCAGCAAAACUUUAUUCUGCUUCUUCUAGGCCAGGCACAGGCAAACUCGGCCCUCCAGAUGUUUUGGGACUACAACUCCUAUCAUCCCUGACCACUGGUCCUGUUAGCUAGAGGUGAUGGGAGUUGUGGUCCCAAAACAUCUGGAGGGCCGAAUUUGCCUAUGCCUGGUUCUAGGCAAAGUAGCUUUUGGAGGGGGGAUUUGGCAAAAGAAAAACAGUGGGAGAGAGAAAGUGCAUAACCCUUACCCUAUCCAGUUAUAACUCGCGUCCUGGGGAUACCUUGCAAACAUGCAGCUGGAACACCAUGUGGGAAGGGGUCGAUUAGGGACAUUUCCAGUGUGAAAGUGGUGGUGGGGAAAAGGGUGAAGUUUCCCUUUCUCCAGUACUUCACCCGUGAAGGUGGUUUGCUUCUGAAGGUGCUUUCCCUGGAAGGAACCUUUGGGAUUUGAUUAUGCCCCUUUCGGUGUAAUUUGUAGUUCAGUAUUUGGCUUUGAUGGUAAAGUUAUAUUAUUCACUUUGGCCCUGGUCCUGCAAAGACAAUCCACAGAAGUGCUUGUUCAUCACAGUAGAAAAGCCAUCCACUUCAUAUAUGUAACGAUACACAGUUUUGCUGCAAUAUACGGUACAUUAAUGUGUUUUCUUACAAAGCAGACCAGAGUAGCUACAGCCCAGCCCAGAUGGACAAGAACAGAUUCCCAGCAGAUCUGAGCUCUGGCUUCUUUUUAGAAAUUAGCCAUGAAAUGUAAGGAAGUUGGGGAAAGGGGAGGGAUGCCAAGAGAAAGAACUGUAGAUACGUAUGAAGAUUGACGGUAAGAUUGACAUUUUGAAAGAGAAAAAGUCAGAGUUGAGAGAGAUGAUGUUUAGAGAAAGAAUACCAUACAAACAUAUGAGGCAGCUGAAACACAGUGGGCAUAUACAGAUCCAGUAUAUCAUCAUAAUGCAACUUAGUUUACUUAUACCAUCCUUCCACAAUCCACUGCUCUCCGGAUGUUGUUGGAGUUGUAGUCCAACAACAUUCUACAAGAUACCAGGUUGGCAGAGGCUGAUUUAUACUGCGAAAGCGUCUGACCAAAAACAACUGCGUCUGAGGAAAACAUUCAACUGACAGCUUAUCCCAGCAUCAGACUUAAAGUCUGUUUAAAGUGGUAAUCUCUGGGUUCCAACCUAGCAACUCUACUCUUAAUUUACUUGGGUCACAUCUUAAGAGAUUAUUUCUGGCAUCGUUGUGCGCAUUCCUAGUCUAAAGUGCAUAGCCAGACGUCUUUAAUAAAUCCCACGGCACGUACUGGAAUACAAUGGGAUCUCCCCUCUUGAAAGAGUUUGAGUCAUGAAAUAUUUCCAGGAAGGAAACAAUAUGUUGAUUAAAGAUUUCUGCUGUCAGAGCUGGAGAUCUUAGAGAAUAAAACAUCGGCAAAUUAACUAGGAAAAGCUGCUGUCGCUCCCCACUUACAAAGGCUUGUUCAAGCCUUUUCCUAAUCCCCUUCCUCACUCAUUUCAUAUUCACUCUCCUCCGUGGUUUUUAUUAGCAUAUCAAGCGUUCUGCUCCGGUUUCACCAUUGGUAGAGAGCUGCGGUAACAGUAUUUGACUGAGCUACAAGUUGCUAUAGUAACCGUGCUAUACGGCUAUUUUGUGUCAGUAUCUAAACCAUAAGCAGCUUGAGAAGCUUAAUUGGGAGACAUGAUUCUGGUGCAACAUCCUUGAAUUUGGCCCCCAGGCAGCGGGGGAGGGGAGCAAAUCUGACACCUGGCGGGGGGGGCCCUCAAAAAUCCAGUUGAUGACACCAGAAAGAUGCAUCCAUAUUAAUCGUUGUCAAGAGAAACAACUUCUUCUUUUUGUUUUGCUUUAAACCCACUAAGUUCAUUUACUUAUUUUAAAGGGUUUUUAUUAAAAACCCAACUUAGUGUAGUAAUGUUAGAAGAGAUGUGAAGGAGAUGUCGAAAAUGUAUUAUCCAUUUGCACGGGGGGAAAUACAAAAACCAAAAUUUUGUCCUUGCUGUGAAAUUAAUGCUAACUCUACCUUCCUUUCGCUCACACCAGCACCAAUGAACGAUUUGCACAACCUGAUUGUUAAAUGGGUCAGUUGUCCCUCUAAUAACCUGCAGUAUUUAUGGAAAUACUUUGGUUAUCAGUCUGAACCUGCUAUCAAAGAUAGAUUCCAUCCCAGCCUACCUAUCCUAUUCAUCUGACAAGAUGAACGCUAGGAAAAAUUAUCAGGGUGGGCAGAGCGAAGUAGGAUCCAAUGAUGCAAGCUCUUAGGGAAAUGGCGCUGUGUGUAAUUUGGAGCAGUGGAGGGAAACAUGCAGUACUAUUUUCAAGCCAGUUAGUGUAUUCAGCACUGAGCAAGAUGGGCAAAUGUUCUGACUCAGUAUAUGGCAGCUUCCUUUGUUCCUAUGACUCCCUCCCUGCCUUUUGAUCCUGCAAGUAAAUGGUUCUUGGCGUGUGGGUUGCAUUCUAACGCAAGGGGAAAUAGUUCUUUGAAUUAACUUGAAACCAGCAUGCCACCUGGUUCACCUUUGCAGCCAAAUGUUCCAUCUUUAAGGACUUCUCUGUAUGAAUAAUCUAAUUGUUUUACGUUUUAUGGAAUUGCUGUGGAGUGCUCAGAUGUGUGCUUUUUAUAGUUGUGAAGUCAAUAGAGAGCUUGGUAGGCUAUGUUUAUUCUGAAAGCAUAACUGAGCAAGUUGGCGUUCCUUUCCCAGUAAUUGUUUGCUCAUGGUACUUCUCAAAACAUCCUGAAAGACAGCUUCUUCCCAUCCGUUUAAUUCUGAAAAUUACUGUACUCAGCAGCUCGGGGUAUUUUUGGCAGGCUGUAAAUGUGCUCUCAUGGUUUGCUACAGUGCUCUUUAGUUUCUUAAUUCUUGGCAACUGUUUGUGGUCCAGCCUUCAGUGAGGUGAAUUUAAAUCAGCCUGGCACUGUCUGGUCAAUGUCUUGGCAGAGAUGAAAAUGAUGUCCUGAAUCGGAACAAAUGCUAUUCCUGUAUCAGCCUCAUUUGCUGGCUAACUUACAAAUUGCCCUGUGAGUGAGGGCCGUCCUGGACACAAAUAGCCCUGGCCUAUCAAAUCCAGACAUUACCGAUGCACUCUUGACACCGUGUUCGAAGGCAAUCCUCUUUUGCUGAGGCCACAGAUUUCUAUUAUGACAGAUUACCCUUUUCAUUGCCAACUCCCGCACAGGAAUAGAUAGUUAUUGCUGGUUCUUUUAUAGCUUAAGCUAAUUCCUCCAUACAAAUUGUCUGGCAUUUAGUAUGGGCUAACUGCAGCAUCAGGGAAGUUGUGUGGGCAUGUUGGAGUAAAUUGGAGAGCCUUGUGUGUGCAGACAUAAGCUCAGCAGGUGCAAAGGUGCGUGGCCUUGCACAGAAGGGUCAGGUUGAAUAUUUAUUGUGGCCGGUGACACUAGACGUUUGGAAUAUCUAUAAAAGGAACAUGCAGGAAGAGGAAAGGAUCUGCCCAUGUUCUUCAUUUCAGGUUCUUCAUUUUUUCAAAGCCCUGGCAGUAGUGUUGGGAGGCAAAUGUGCGGCAGGUUAUCACCCUGUCCCCAUUGGUGCUUGCUCCAUGUUAAAUAUGUUUUAUACUUACCUGCUGGGAGUAAAUCCAAUUGAACAACGAGAAUUCCUUCUGAGAAGAUAUGUAUAGGAUGCUGCACUAGGUCUCCUCAAUUUAUGGGCUGCUAUCAAAGCCAGCAGUAUUUGAGUACACCGGUGGUUUUGAAAGUAAACAUGCCUCUCCCCUAAACCACAUUUUGUAACCAUGGUUCAUUGUACUUCCUGCUCUAAUGAUACUGGUGUCAAAGUCUCAAAUGUUCAUCUGUCAUACCUGUAGAUGAUGGGGUUUUGUUCCUGAAAUUCCAGUGUAAUAUCAUAAUUUUGACAUGCAGCUGCAACUGUUCAUAUCCUAAGCACUUACUGUUAGUUCUCUUAGCCAUUGGACUCCUGUGAGAUGUUCCUGUGUCUGAAAUCCUAUUUAAAUAUUCUUGGCAUCUUGCGUUGCAGUUUCUGGAUGGGGAUCUGACUUGUAGCCAACUCAAUCAGCAUUAAGUUUUAUCCACGAGGAAAAGAGGGGCAGUGAUUUAUUAGACAAAUCAGAAAAGCCUGGAAAGUGGUAGUGUUUCAUCUUGAGUUGGCUGGGUUAGAUGUUGAGAUAGCUGGAGUGCACAUUCACAUAUAUCACUUAGUGAUUCAUCCUGCAGAAAUGGUAAACGGCUUCCAUGAAAAAUCUGAUCUUGCUUGAUCUUGCUUGCGGUUUGAGAUCUUCACUAGAUGUUUCAGUCACUGAGCCGAUUGACACAUAGUUCUAAUGCAAAGGGGUCAUACAUGUUACAAGAUGAGAAAGCAAGUCUUGAGCUCUAUACUGUCUCUCACCCUUCUAAACUUUUAUGGGAACUCAGCCUUUCUGUGCAAAUGCUAUAUACAGUGUGGAGUCUACAGGGGUCAGCAAACGUUUUCAGCAGGAGGCCAGUCCACUGUCCCUCAGACCUUGUGGGGGGCCAGACUAUAUUUUGAAGAAAAAAAUGAACGAAUUCCUAUGCCCCACAAAUACUCCAGAGAUGCAUUUGAAAUAAAAGGACACAUUCUACUCAUGUAAAUACACGCUGAUUCCCGGACCAUCCGCGGGCCGGAUUAAGAAGGCGAUUGGGCCACAUCCAGCCCCCAGGCCUUAGUUUGCCUACCCAUGGUCUACACAAACCCUGCUCAUGCAACCCACCCAAUACUUUUUAAUGGUGGGCAGAUCACAACACAUAUUGCACAAAUUUAUGUACACAGGCCCUUGUUUACAUUUAGGGUUCUAUAGAAGCCUGGAGGUUUUUUGUGUGUUAUUUCCUCACUGUAUGAAACUGAACAUCUCUACAUUUUUGUCUCCCCUGCUUCUGCCUGUUCCUAAUGGGUGGGGUUCAGGGUAGCGCUAAGCAGAUUCUUCUUGCUUGAUGGAAUGAUCUGCUCUCUUCUCCCCCUGUGUGCUGUUCUGGGGGGGCGUCUUCUGACACCCCCAGAGCCAGUUUCAUGGAGGAAGGAGGGAAGCUUUAUUGUGCUUGUGUAGGUUUCUUAUGGCAGGCAUGGGACUACUUAGUUGAACGCAUCUCAUUAUAUUAAAUGUCUCAAAGUGCUUUUCCAUGAAGUAGCUUGAGAGUGCAAUUUGCAUUGCUUAUGCAGUCUUUGUCAAAAGAGUUUGGGGGAAAUGUUUCCUUUUAUAUCGAACAUCUCCUUGAACCCACCAAACAAACCUGGCAAUAUCUCAUUUAGAUGUUUGCUACUGACCUGGUGUGAUCAGAACUCAGUAUAGCCUUAUCUCGGAGAGAGCAGCCUGAUCUGUCCCUUACAAUGCCUUUUCUAAAAAUAUUCUCUUGAGACACAACAUCCACUGAUGUAACCUCCUCUUUCAAAGUAUUAGCUUUUGGGUUAACUCUUAUAAGCAGUUAUAUAAAUAAAACUGCAAGACAGGCAUGGGAGAAUGGCAGGGAUCACUUGUAGUUUUUGCAUUCCUUUCUGGUCCCUAUUAGGGGUUCUUGGGUUGUUCUUGUUUUUAUUUUGAUUAUGUAUUUUGUUAUUUUAUAUUCUGAUUUUAUCCUGUGAACCACUCUGAGCCCUGAAGGGUGGUAUACAAAUUUAAUAAUAAAAAAUAAUAAUGUGUGCAUGUGUGUGUUUAACUUGUGAUAAAUGCUUCUUAGCAUUUCUGUAGAAGCUAUGGUGGAUUAUUAUACAGUGGUACCUCGCAAGACGAAUGCCUCGCAAGACGAAAGAGUUUUUCGUUUUUUGAGUUGUUUCGCAAGACGAAUUUCCCUAUGGGCUUGCUUCGCAAGACGAAAACGUCUUGCAAGUUUGUUUCCUUUUUCUUAAAACCAUUAAUACUGUUAAAACCGUUCUUCGCAAGACGAAAAAUUCACAAGACGAAAAAACUCGCAGAACGAAUUAAUUUUGUCUUGCGAGGCACCACUGUAACAGGUAUCUGCAGAAGAAGAUGCUAUUCAGUUCUCUCUCAUAAUCACUUCGUUUUGACCUGGUUAAGUCACUACAAUACAGUGGUACCUUGGGUUAAGUACUUAAUUCGUUCCGGAGGUCCGUUCUUAACCUGAAACUGUUCUUAACCUGAAUUACCACUUUAGCUAAUGGGGCCUCCUGCUGCUGCCGCGCCACCAGAGCACGAUUUCUGUUCUCAUCCUGAAGCAAAGUUCUUAACCCGAGGUACUAUUUCUGGGUUAGCGGAGUCUGUAACCUGAAGCGUAUGUAACCUGAAGCGUAUAUGUAACCCGAUGUACCACUGUAAUUUUUUUUAGCUAUUCCUUUGAUAGCCAACCUUCAUUGCCCAGUCCAAACUUACUGCAUUGCGAGAAUCACUAGACAACUAGCAACUCUCAGAGUGACCCAUUUGUGCUGCACAUAUCCAAGCAGUUGCUAGACUUUGUAUUGUCAGAGUUUGAACUGUGUCAAGAUGAAUCUUUCUAACUGCUCUUGAAUACCAUUUUGGUUUCUCUCCUUAAUCUAGGCAAGCUGAAUAAUUGAACAUGCACAACACAACUUUCAAAUUUAUUUAGAUGAACCUAUUUUCUCUGUUUUUUAGGCAGAUAGGCCCAGCAAAACCCAGUGAAUCAGAUGCUAACAAAACCAUGACAAAAGAGAGAGCUGGGAGGUAGGCCCUAUUGUGUUUGAUGUGUCAUUUUCAGAAUGAGAGCUAACUGUGUGAACUACAUCCUAAGCACCUCAUGUAGGUUCUGAGGAUAAAGUGGGAUAACCAUGUUUGCUGUUCUGAGCUUCUUUGAAGGAGGAUAGGAUGCAUUUUAUUUACAACUGUCAGUGGCAACUGGGUCAGAACAGGCCCGUACAACAUCUGACCCGUCAAGCUAAACGCAGCUCACUGGCCAUGUAUAACAGCUCACUAGGGACUACCUGAGAAAUCUUUGUUUAUUUGUUUGGCAGUCUGUGACUUCAAAAGCCAGCAAGAAGGAUGUGUGAUGUUAAAGAGUGAUGUUUGAAGUUGUGUUCAGCCUAGUUGUUCCACGUUGUGCAGACUGUGGAACGUGAACAUGAAGUAGGGAGACGUGAGUUCAAGGAACCAGGGUUCAAAUUCCCAGUUGGCUAGACAGCUCAUUGAUUGGACUCAGUGAAUAUCUCACCAUAACUAACCUUACAAGACUGUUGUCAAGAAAGGAGCCUGUAUAUGCUGUCCUGAGCUCUGUGGGGGGAAGCUGGGCUACAGAUAUAGUAAAUAUGCUAACAUGACAUGAUGCACAGUGCUUAUUUAUACAGGACAGCAUGAAGCAGAAGGCUUAGCCUCAUUUCAUGUGGUUUAUUUGCUUUGAAUGUCAAAUUCUAGCUGACUAUUGAAAUAUCUCUGUACUUUCUUCCACUGAUUUUGCUUAAUCUCUGAAGAGGCCAAGAACUGGAUGAUCUCAUUGAUGUCAAAACCAAAGUCAAUAAGAGUAACAAGGGGUAAGUCUUGAAAGACUCUAUGGCUUCAAUAAAGCGAUGGAGAGGGCAUGGAUUGUGACCAUAGCAGGGAAGGCAUGGCAAUGAGUCAAGAAAGAUAAUAAUGCAUGGAAUCAUAAGGCCCAGCUCAUGUGCUUAGUCCGUGACACUGAAACAAUGAAAGACACUAAGUUUGCUUGUUUUCCAGUAUAGCUUCUAAGUUCUCUCCUCCAGCAAUAAGACCUGGUCCUGCAAAAUGUCCAGAAAGGCUUCCAGAUGGCUCCUCUGGUAGUUUAUUAGCAAACCACGAGACUCUAGGCAAGACAGUGUGAAUCCUGCAAGACUUGUGGGCUCAGGACAAAGAGAAAGACCCAGUCAGCUGGCCAGCUAAGUGCAAACAUGAAAAACCCUGUAGGUACUGAUGUGUCACUAGGGUCACCUGGGUUGCUGACUGACGCAAAGCUGAAGGUCAGGGUUCGGAAUGGCAGAAGGCAUCUCUUUCAUGCAAACCUGAGAAAAAUUGGUUUAAUCAGGCUACAUGAAUUUUGGUACACAUAGUCAGGAAGGACCUGGCAGCCCAUCUGCUGACAGAAGAGCUACUUCCUGGGGUACCUGAGUGGAAAGGAUCUCCAAGAGAGCUAAUCACCUUGACCAUCUGUGAGCACCUACAAUGCUCACCUGGGAGUGGGGUAUAGUUGUUAAGCUAGCUGCUGGGAAUGAGUUGACAUGCAGUCUCCAACCCUCAAAGGACCCAUAGGUGGCACCUGAGAAUUGGACUCCAGCCAUCCCUUGACCUAAGAUCUCUGCCCACUACACAGUAGAUCCAUCACCCCAUCUUGGAUCUCCCUUAGUGAAAUGCCAUUGCCCUAGUCUUAAAGUUGGAUGUCAUCAGACCUGUAGAAGUUGAGGACCUUGUUGUCUCAAAUUCUGUGGAGGAAGGGCGAGAUACAAAUGUGAUAAAUAGUCUAUUAAGGAACAAGACAUAGUAUUUAUUUAUGCAGGACAUUGUGAAGCAAAAGGUUCCAGUUGAGAGACUUUUUUGUUGUUGUUGCCUAAAAUCAAAUCUAUCUUAAUUAUAAAUUGCCAUGGAUAUACUCCAGCUGUAAGAUAGUUUGUGUGGUUUAUUUAGUUUCAAUAUCAAAAUCAUCGUUAAGAAAUGAAAUAUCUCUGUACUUGUUCCCACUGAUUUUGUUUAAAGAAGUCAAGAGCUGGACAAUCUCAUCCAAGUCAAAACUAAAAGCGAUAAAGGUGAUAAAGGGUAAGUCUUGGAAGUUUCUUUACCACUUAAUUUAUUUCCGAAGUUUAAGCUGUGGAGAGGGCACGGGAUAAAUGCCAAGAACGAUUUCAUAAAGCAGUUUAAUCAAUUAGAAGGAAAACACUGGAUUCCAAGCAAAGGAGGAAUGAUCUAAUGCUAUGAAAUUCUCUUCCAACAAUACUCCCCCCUACCCUGCCAAUCUGCUCCCAGAAUCUGUAACAUGCUGAGGUUAGUAACUGCCCAGUCCCAUCCAGACGUUGAACCUGAAGUCUCCUCAGAGGAGGUCCAAGAGAAGCAGGACCCUCUGGCAUAUAUUCCAGACCCUGGAAAGCCAUUGGAUCAAUACUACAUUCAUAUAAAUCUCCCUGCCCCUGUCAUACAAACUCUUGUUUCAAGUCUGUGGUUCAAAGCAAGUCCAUGGUUUGUGGGGCAGUCUAAUUCUAAGGGAGGCUUGCACUGCAAGAAGCAAAGUUGAAGAUUCUGCAAGGCCAAGUGGGACAGAGCAUUUUUUGAGAAAUCACUACCGGUCCCCUUCUGUUGCGCUUUCUUACUCAUGCAAAGUUGCGCUGGUGUCAGGUGGCUGUGGUUGAAUCCAUGGCAUUUAGGUCCUAAAGUUUUGGAUGUGAUGCAAGGGACCUGUGGUGGUUUCUCCCCUUCCUCCUUGGUCCCUACACUACCUAAAAGGUCCGGUACAUUGACCAUAACCUUCCUUUGUGUUUCUUUCCUCUUUAAGACACCAAGAUCUUGAUGAUUUUAUCAAAGUGAACCGUACAUCUAAUGGACAAGCCAAGGGGUGAGUCUUGUCAUCGAGAUGCAUAUCUAUAUGCAUUGAAGGCUUAAUCUGGUUUUGGUUUUUGGUUUUAACAGUGUGACUUCUAAUGUUUCCUUCCCCCACCCAACUUCGCAAAUGUUGGUUUUGUAAGAGACUUAAGGCAAUUGAUAGCUCCUUAAUUGAACUAGAAUUUCCAUGAUAUCUUAGCUGGGAAUUGAAACAGUUAAGUGAUUGUUUAAAUUUGUCGGAUAGACAUGCCUGUAGUUAACUCCCCCACCUCCCAGCUCAAGUGCUGUGUAACUGCACAAAUUCAAAGGAAGGCAACAUAAUUUAAAUAUAGUACAGAGUUUUCUCCUUAUAUCGGCAAGAUCUCCUUUUUGCAGGUGCAAGGAGUUGACAACAAAAGAGAAAAGGCAUCCAAAGAUUAGUUUCCCAAGGUAGGAUUAGAUGGAAUGCCUCUUUUUUAAAAAAUCCACACGUGAAAAUAGCCUGUAUGGUCAUAAAACCACAGAAUAGUGGGAAAACAUAAAAAGCCAGGGAAUCUAACUCCUUAUCAAAAACGUGGGUGGUAUCUUCCCACAAAACAAUUUGGGCUGGUCUAUGUUGCCAGUUUUGUCCCUGUAGAUAGAGGAUAUCCCAUAUGAACCACAGAUACCACCAUUAUUUCUCAGGGACAAUUCUCACGACCCGGAGAAUUAAAGAAAUUGAAACUAGAAUGGUAGUUGUAUUCAUGGAAAUUCCUGUUUAUGCUAGACAUUUCCCACAUAGAUGCAUCAUUGUGCAUCAUUUAAUCCAUUGUGCAUCAUUUAAUCCAGACUCAGUCACGCACAGAGUAGAUUGAAAUCAACGGGACUUGUAGUCAUGACUAACUUAAAAGGUGUACCAUGGUGUUUCCUCCAUCUGCACUGUUCCCAGAAGUCAUUCCUCCUCUGGUCAUUGCUGUGGAUACACAACCUGACUGAUUGUCUCCAAGUGGGAAUAAGCCCCACUGAAUUCAGCAGAGCUUACUGAAUAAACACGGUUAAGUUUGCAACCUUAAGUAUGGAACCAACCUACUGUGUGAACCAGUUCUUUAUGAGAUGGAUGGGCAGAAAUGGGCACUUCAGGCCUGAGUCAGCGCCAGGCUGUCUCAGCUAUCCACUUACCCCCACCAAUGGUAGACUUUGGGCUCUCAAAUUUCAGCGGCGCCCUGUGCACCACUAAAAUUCCGUGCCCUCCACCUCUCGUGCUCCAUUCUGCAACAUUGCGGCAGCGCUUCCUGAAUAAACAUGACCAAACUGGUUGCGCUACCCUAAGAUUACCAGACUUUUUUCAAAGAAUAUGGGGACACUUUUUUUUUUUGAAAAGAGGAAAAAAAAGUUAUUAAAAUUCUUUUUUUUUUAAAAAAAGAAGUAAUAUCUUCUCUUCUGUGUUGCGUGGCCUUCCUCUGGGCCGUGGCCUGCUCUCUUGGAGUGUUAGCCACUGUGGAGUGGGCUUGGGUCAGGCCUGGGCUCGGCCACGUGUCCUUGCCUUCCUGGUGCUCUCCUACCUCUCCGCCUCAGUGGCGGCAGCGGCGUGGCAAGCACGGGCUGCCCUCUUUUUUCUCCUUCCUCUUUCUCUCUCUUCCUUCUCUUUCUCCUCUCCUCCUUCUCCCUGUGUCGGCUCCAAGGUUUUUACUGGCGCUCUCACUCCCAGAUCAAUUUGGAUGGCGGGUGUGUGUCAGUGGUUCCCCCUGUUGACGCGCCAGGCAUCCCCGGUUCCCCUUUGGCAGUGGCAGCAGCAGUCUCAGCAGCCCAGAGCCAGACUGGUAGCGCAGUUGGCUCUGGCUGCCUUCAGGAGCCGCUCACUGCCGCGGCGCUCGCCAUUUUGCCUCACCGGAAGUCCCCAUAUGAUGUGUCUUGUGCCGUUGAACCAAUCACACAACAUUCAUUCCCUACUAAUAAAUCUACAUCACUUAAAAUAUAAAUCCAGGGACAUUAAAUGAAAUCCGGGGCAUUCCGGGGAUGGAUUUUGUCCGGGGACAGAUUUGUAAAUCUGGGGACUGUCCCCAGGAAACGGGGACGUCUGGUAACCAUACGCUACCCUAAAACUGCCUCUGUCCCCACCUUCUGGCAUGAUUACAGAGGCAGCAAUGGCCUUGCCCUGCUGGGCUGGGGGAAAGUUAGAAUUGUACUCUUAAAAGACUGGACCAGAGAAGGUAGCAUUUAAUGGAAAGCUUUUGGAGGUACAGUGGUACUUCAGGUUACAUACGCUUCAGGUUACAGACUCCGCUAACCCAGAAAUAGUACCGCAGGUUAAGAACUUUGCUUCAGGAUGAGAACAGAAAUCGUGCUCCGGCGGCGCGGCAGCAGCAGGAGGCCCCAUUAGCUAAAGUGGUGCUCCAGUUUAAGAACAGUUUCAGGUUAAGAACGGACCUCCGGAACGAAUUAAGUACUUAACCUGAGGUACCACUGUAGUUAAAACGGAAAAUAACACACGUUGACAAGGAAAGGUCAAAAAAAUGUUUAGGCAAGGACUUAGCAGGAUUUUCCAGUUGUAAGACUAUAUCUACACAUGUUCCGAAUGGCUGUAAACAUGUUUGGUACAAAAGGGCUGGGCUCUUACCUGUAGCAACAGAGCCAGCUUUUGUGCUUGGGCUACCCAGAACGUUUGGUGGGCGUGAUGGGCUUGGCACUUACUGCAGAAAUCCCCAAAGACCGGUGAGAAUUCCACCCCUUUCCUCAUUUUGUUAGCUAUCAGUUUGGCACUAUUUGUACCAUGAUUUUAGAUGUAUGUAUUCAUUUAUGUUACAUUUUGAGAGCAUGGAGAUAUUAUUUAUUUAAUAAGCAGUUCCUGGGGUGGGGGUUUCCAUGGGAGAUCCAUUUGGACCUCUCUCUUACUGUUUCCCACCAACUGAUUAAAAUGUUCCUGUUCUAUCAACCAUUUGACUUACUGAUGGCAGGCAGGUUAUGUGUCUGACCGUCAUUUUAGGAUGUUUCCUGAAUUUGCUUAGAAUGUUUGCAAAUUUUCUGUUUCUGUUUUCAUGCUAUUGUCUUUCAUUUUUUCCAUAAGCCAGCUUUUGAUGCAAAUUCAUUUGAAGGGAAGCAUAUCUAUAUCGAGAUCGAGAUAGAUAUAUAGAUAGAUAUAUAGAUAGAUAUAGAUAGAUAUAUAGAUAUAGAUGAUAUAGAUAUAGACAUAGACAUACUGUGUGUGUGUGUAUAUAUAUAUGGAUGUAUAAAAUAAAUAAAUCGGAGCUUUUGCCCUCACAGCAACCCCUUGAAAGGUAAAGGCUGCUCAGAUGCGGUACAUUAUUAUUACUAAAUUUAUUGGUCGCUUUUUCUUGCCAAAGGCAGCUCAAGGCAACUUACAACUAACUGAACCCACGCCAUUCAGUAAGCUUUGUAGCCAAAUAGAGAGUUGAGUUCAGAGUCCAGUGCCCUAACCACUAGGCAACCACAUUGAUUCUGUUGACAUUAGAAGUCUAGUUUGGUCUGUUUUUAUUAAUGAGCAAGUCUUCAGAGAUGUUCAUCUCCCUAUAAUGUCCCAGGGUAUGGUCUGAAGUUAUAGGAGGCUACCACGUUGGUGAAACUAAGCAGGUUUAGGUCUGGUCAGUGGUUGGGUGGGAAACUGCUUAGGAACCUCUUAUGGUACAAAAAAGGCAGAAUGUACCUGUAAGAAAAUAGAUAAAAUAAAACUCCCUCUAAGAUAUAUGACUCAUAACUCUGCUCCAGAAAAAAAUUAAUCCUCUGCUCCAAUAGAAUUCCCGAACUAAUGUUAUAUUUAUUGCACUUCAGUUUGUUUAUGGUUUGGCUAUAAGCAUAAUUCUUGAACAACAGGAAGGUUAUGAAAUGCUUAUAUUAAUAGCUGUAUUAGGAAGACAGCGCAUUGCAUUUUUAUGACUUAAGACAUGGUGCGCUAAUGCAAGCUACUUAGCAUCGGAAGUAUCUACGUUUAUCCUCAAGUCAACGUUCUGGUGGCUGCAUAGAGAUUCCAAAUACUUAGCACCAAAGUGUCAGUUACUUGAGCAAACAGCAAGAGCUCCUGAAGCUACAUUUUAUGGUAGCAGGCUCCAAUGGUCAAACCUGAAUCGGCUGCAGUCAGGUAGAAGUGUGGAUAAGGAGUCUGAUUUUUAAGAGCAAAAGGGAUGUGUGAGUGAGCACAGCAUCUUGCCGGCACUUCCCUGCUACUUCCUUCCCUUCAGUUUCCCUGCUGACAUAAUUCGUCCCUCAACUGAGCUCCCAAUUCCAAUAGUGAGCCCUACCGGGAUAAAAGCACCUGUGGGAGAGUAGCUGAGGGGAGAUAAAUACUGGACAGGAAAGGACCAACCUGCGUUACGGCAUGUGGUUAGCCUGGAUAAUAAUAAUAAUAAUAAUAAUAAUAAUAAUAAUAAUAUUUUUAUUUAUACCCCAGCCAAGACCGGGCUCAGGGCGGCUAACAACCAAUAAUAAAAACAAGUUGAUUAAAAUACAAUUUAAAAGAUUAAGAUACAACAUUAAAACAUCAGGAUGCAGCCUCUUCACAGGAGGAGAAAGGAAAAAGAAAGAGGGGGAGGGAAUCAAACUGAUUCUAAGCCCAAAGGCCAGGUGGAACAACUCUGUCUUACAGGCCCUGCGGAAAGAAAUCAGAUCCCGCAGGGCCCUGGUCUCAUGAGACAGAGCGUUGCACCAGGCUGGAGCCAAUGUUGAAAAGGCCCUGGCUCUGGUUGAGGCUAAUCUAACUUAUCAGGACCCAUGAACAAGACCAGUUUGUGCAGAGAAUUCCAUUGAAAACGGGAACAGGAGUAGAAAUGGCUUCUUUGUUCUAGGUCUGGAACCAUAAUCAAUUCAGCAAAUACCAUCGAUAUUCACUGUUGUUGCUGUUUUCAGCCCGCAAAUGACAUGAAAUUAGUGGUGCUUCCCUCCCUCCAAUUCAGACUGCAUUUCCUUUACAUUGACAUAAAUGGGAUGUCGUGCAUUAUAUCAGGGUAGGUUUAUGUGCUGGCAUUAGAGUUCUUCAGGAAGCUUAAUUUUGAUCAUGUCGCUUAAUCAGGAAAAGAGAAACAAAUCUCAGGAUAAUUUUAGUAUCUUUAAAUCUUGGAAGGAAAACAUUUUGGUGGAAUUAUUAGCUGCAAUGAAUAUCCCUAUGAGUUGACAAUUACCUAAUGCAUUAAGUUCUCUCCCUCACUCUUCCCUGAGAGUAUUUGUGAUCAGCGGUUCCUUUCUUGCAAAAGUAACUAGUCCAAUUUUUUUGCUUCUUUGCUUUUCUCACAGAGGAAGAGACCUAGAUGACCUCAUCGCUGUAAAUAACACUGCUCAGAAAAACAAAAGGCAAUUCUUUUAAAUUUUAUCUCUCCUGCACUUUAGAAAAUCUGUUACCUGUGGCUUGAGUUAAAAAUGUAGGGAGGGUUUGUAGCCAACUAAGUUCUCCUCAGAGUAUGAGUGGAAUGAACAGACCUAAGUUAGUCGUGGCCAUUAAUUUCUGUGGGUCUACCCUUGAGUAGAACUAACAUUGGCUACAUCCCACAUAUGUGUAGCUGUGAGCACAUGGUUUCCAUGCCCAUGCAGCACUUCUUCUGUAUCAAAUGCAUGUCCAGAAUUUUCCCUUCCUCCAUGAGAGGGAACCUGGAAAAGGAUAGCCUGGGAGGGGCAGGAAAUGAGGCCUAGAAGAUGGCAGUGAUUGGAGACCAGGAGGAUAGAAGCAUGUGGGGUCCUGCAGGUCAGGAAAGAGUUCUGUGUGCAUCAUUGUGAACCCGAAGCUCUGGAGUGGAGCACUCCUUCCUGUGAAGUCUGCAGGAUGAGGGCAGUAGGCUGCUAUGCUCCAAACAUUUAACUAAGCAAGCCUCUUCAAAAAUGAAUAAAAAAUGACUGAUACAUGGAAUUAGGGCUUGGUGAGCUGUAGGUGUGAUUAGCAGGAUGGUCGUAAGCACACUUACUUUCUAAGAAGUUACUGCAAUAAUGUGUAAGGACUUGGGACCAAGUCCUAUUAGAUACAGUAGGCUUUAUGUCAGGAUAAAUAAUCACAGGAUCAGCUUAUGGGACAUGAAGUCAAAGGUCUUGAUAUGUAAUGAAGGGGCCAUAUUUCUUCACAGCAGAUAAUGCUUCAUACUUUUUGUCUGGUGCUUGAAUCUGAUAUAAAAAUUUAAACAGAUCCUGCCUCACAGAAAUCAUUGAUGACUUGAUAAAGUAACAUUUGUGUUUGCAUUUUUUUAAACGUCCAGUAAAACGUCCAGUAUUUUGUGGUCAUCAGGCUCUGCUCUUUAUCUUUGACAGAAGCCAAGAACUAGAUGAUCUCAUUGUAGUAAAAUCCUCUCCUGAGGAUCAAAACAAAAAGAGGUGAGUCUUAAAUCCAUAGCUGUCAAGUGUCCCUUAUUUGAAGGGACAGUCCCUUAUUCCAGCGCAAUGUCCUACUGCUGUCCCUUAUUGAUGGAUGUCCCUUAAAUGUCCCUUAAAUGAUGUCCCUUAAAUUUCAAAGGAAGCAGUUCCUCUCCCUCCCUCCCUCCCUGCCGGCCAGGGAAGAGGGAGGCUCCAACUGUGUUGCUUGGCUGUGUUGCUCACCCAAUAAGAAGUCUAAGAACGACUGGGGGGUGGAGCUUGCAUGCCUUGUGUGUGGCUAGCUAAUGCAAGCUGAGGGGUUUUUUGAAUGCUGGACGCCAUUUUGUUGCACGUGCUGCUGCAAACUUUGCAGUGCAAAGCCAGGCCGGGGAGCCAUCUUAAGUUGAGGCUGCAUAGGCCUUGUGGUGCAUGUGAUUCAGAUUCUAUUCAGUUGAACCUCUGGUUACAAAGUUGGUUGGACAGUGUUCUCGAAGCUACCAGCAUGAGUUUGACCAGACUGCAGGAGGACAGGAAGACUAGAGUGCCUGGAACAGGUGAGGCUGCAGGUCCCUUAUUUUGGCUGCUGGUCCCUUAUUUUCGAAUCUGUAAGUUGACAGCUAUGCUUAAAUCUUUGUUCUUAUAACCAUGGCAGUCCUGUAGAGGUUAAUUCAUGUUACUUGUUUAUUAAUUGAGAGGACUUGUUUAUUGUGCAUUUGUUCUGAUUUGUUUGUGGGGAGGUCAGAUGAAGCGUCAAGCCAAUGACAUCCCACACUUUCCAUUUCCUCGCCAGUAUGACUUGGUAUGAGUAUACAAUGUUGCCUUUCCCCCUUCCUUUUCCCCUUCUUCAUUCACCACUGCAGAUGCUUCUCUGGGGUCUGGAAAACCCCUUAGGCUGCUGGCUGUUUUUUAAAAAUAUGAAGCCUUUGGUGGAAUGGUGGCAGGGGUGAAACCUCUCUAACUUCAGAGUCAGCUCAAGCAAGAGUAGGACUGCAGCCAAAGAUUGUAUGUGAAGAAUGAGCUCCGUUCUCUGCUCUCAGAUCAGCCUCAUUGCUUUAGAUUGGAAGAGGCCCUCUCUCAGGCUACAUGUUCUGCAUAUAAAACAGUGCUUGGCACUGAUGGCUAUUCAUUUAGCAGAGCUUAAGGCUCUGGCACAAAAACAACAGGCAUUCAAAAUAAAGGCAGAGUAGCCAGUGUUUGAUGAAUGCAUUCCCUCUGAGAGUUUCCCCUCUUAAGUUCCCACCCUCCUCUUUCCCCUUUUAAUAUUUUAAAUCCCCCUCCUUUGCUACAUGCAUAGUAGAAGAAUAGAGAAAUGGUGGGGAAGAUAAAUCAUGGCUAGACUUCUUUUUCUUACUCCAACCUUGUCCUCCACAGGGCACCAGAGCAGGACCAUGAAUCUGCCAGUAUUCCAGGUGGUCCGUCAGAAAUGAACCAUUUAUACCAGGACACAAGAGGAUCCAGGUACAGUAUUCUUAAGCCAAUAAAUGGAGUGUUUUUCCUUUUUCCCCAGCUGCAAAAGGCUAUCUCUCCUAUAAACCCCUAUCAAGGAAAAUGUGUUAGAAGAAAUUCAGCUUUCCCAAUCCAGCAACUCUUUCUGAGUACAGGUGGGGAAGUUCAGUGUGGGUAAGACACACACGUAGCUUUGCCCGUCUGUAAAUCUCAGGGAAGAGAAGCGUUCUGCAUGUAUAAACCACCCCCUUUAUUUAAAAGAAUUGUUUGGGCAGGCAUCGGAGAACAAACUGCUUCUCUCAGAAGCUCCCUUUCCCAUAGUUCUUUCUGGCCACAGUAUGAAGUAUUACCGUCCAUUCUACCACCUUGGAACUCUGUAUUCUUGCUUUGUUCCAAUGAGUUUAGGAUUGUAUUCGCCCGUGAUCCUACACAGAAUUGUGAUUAAAAAAAACCAACGACUUCUCUCCAUCAGGUAAAACCUGAAACAGGAACAGCUUUCUAAACAAAUAUGUGUGCCCUGUGUUAAGUUACCAUUUGUUAAACAUCUGUCCGUAUCAAUCCAGUGUUUCAAAAAUGUGGUCAAGACCAGGGCCUAAACAGUGAACAAUGGAACCUGUAGUAUUUUGCAGACAAAUGGAAUUGCAGUUCUUUACACCAUGCAGUGUUAAUUAUGGAAUUUGCUACCCAAGCUAUGGUGAUGUCCAGCAAGUUUAAAGGCUGAGGCAAUGGCAACUAGUCACAGUGGUUAUAAGCUACCCCCCAGCAACAGGGGCAGCCUGCCUCCAAACCCCAGUUGCUGAAAAUAAUGCCAGGAGAGAGCUAUUGUGUCCCUGUCCAACUAAAUCAGGUUGGGCACUCUGAACCAGGGUGCUGGAACAAGACAGGCCUCUGGCUUGAUGCAUCAGGGAUCUCUUGUUCUGUUCUUAUGACAUUGCUUUUUCUUACCGCUUUUGUAUGUUUAUUUUUAGAGAAUGAAAUUCUCCUCAUUUUUUGUAUGUGUUUCAGCUGUAUUGCCUCAAGCAGUUACUCAAGUCCAAAGGACACAAUUGUGUACACAAGGACAUAUGAGAAUAGGUACCUGAAAAAUACACGUCGUAUUUUUCCAGAAAUACUUCCUCGUGUACUAAUUCCAAAAAUAACAGUUUAAACAUGAUUUGUUUAAACACAAGCAAUGUUAUUUUCCCCCACCCCCAGCUAUGGCAUGGCUAAUAUUCUGGUUUCUUGAAUGCAUAGAAUGAAUGAUAAUCUAAUACAAUAUAUGGUUUUAUGUCAUCCCAGAAUAAAAUGUGAAAUUAAAUGCAAGUGAUAAGGGAUUAAAACAAAAUGGCUGGAUAUAUAUUACCAGACUAUAGCCACAGUACAAUACACAGCUCAGCUCAGCUCAUUGAUUCCUAUAGAGGUUUAGCAUGUCUAAUGCUGGGAUCUAUGUGGAGAGAGAAAGAAUGUAUACAUGCAUGUAAACACAAGGGAGACAUGCAUUGACCCACAAAGAUGAAUGCAGUCAUGUUUGUUGAACCCAUCAGGGGUAUCAUAAAUCUCCUGGUUUUGCUGGCCUGGCUGGGACUGCAAACAUGUAAACAAUGAUUGCAGCAUUUCUAUUGACUCUUUUCUGGCUCUGCAAUAAAUUUCUGAGAGUCAUAAAUGAACAGUGUUGCAAAACAUAAAACAUCACAUUUUUAUGUUUUCUUAUUUCACCUUGUGCCUUAUCUGUCUUCAUUCUGCUGAAUGGUUUCACAUAUGACAUCUCUAUCUGACACUAUUGUGUGCUUUUCUGUUAUUUUAGAAAUCCAUUACUUCUAAAAUAUCAAGUGCUUAAGCAUACUCUUAAGAUAUAAGCCCCUUGAGGGCAAAAUCCUCAUUCUUCAUGAGCCCUGCUGAAUAAUGGGAGCCAUGCAAAAGCAAGUUUUGUGCCCUUUUCGUAUAAUGCAAUACAAGUCUCAUCUUGCCCUCCUCCCCCCAACUGUUCUUUUAAAACUGUUUCUUGUAUAUCUGUAUAUUUUUGAAGUCUGCCCUCAAGUCUCUGUGGAUGGCUUUGAUGUUGAUUGAUGAUACACUCUCUUUGUCGGAGUGCAAACUUGAAAAGUGUUGUUUUUUAUUAAAAAAAAACCCUAUUGUUCAUCACUCGGCUCAUGUUCCUUCUAUCACAGCAGAUUUCCCCAUGAUGCUUACGAAGACAACAUCCCUGGAAAAUCUAUCAAAACUGUUUACUCUACUUCUGAUAGGUGGGUAUAUAUACUGAACACUGUAGAAUGAAGAAAUAUAGAGGAAGAAAGCAAAGAGAGAAACAUCUAUCUAUCUAUCUAUCUAUCUAUCAUCUAUCUAUAUCUAUCUAUCAUCUAUCUAUCAUCUAUUAUUUGCUUUUCUGCUGCAGUUCUUCAUUAGUAGAUCCACAUUAGUACAACUGUUGCGUUCAAAAAAGAAUAAGAAAGAAAACUUCUUUUCAUAUACUUCCCUUCCACUCCUUCCCAAGUUUCCUCUCUGUUCCCAACCUAUCCACAUUGUCUUGUUCUAAAUUUUCCUCUCUCCUUCUCUUUAUCUCAUGUUAUAACUUACGCUGCUGAAUUAUACUCAUCCCACUAGGUUCAUUAUCUUACUAUAAUACUUUUUCAUAUAUUCUAUAGAUAACAUCCAAUCCUCUAAGUUCUUUUAAAUCUCUGUUUCUUAUUCUAUUAGUCAUAUAGACUAUUAGUUCCACAUAUUCCAGCAGUUUAUGAUGCUACUGCUCUUUGGAACUGCGUCUGUUCUCCACUUUUGUGCAAGUAAAAUCCACAUGGCCGCAGUUGCAAUAGACUCACUUGCUUCUUCUUCUUUUGAGACUUCUAUCGAUAUUAUACCCAGAAGAUAAGCUUCUGGGUUUUUCGUAAAGGAUCUUUUAAACAUUUUUUCCAGUUCGUUAUGGAUUAAUUCCCAGUAGUCUUUAAUAACCCUACAAGGCCACCACAUGUGGUAGAAUGUUCCUACUGUCUCUUUACAUCAAAGUGAGAAACAUCUUGUCCGUUUUGCCCCAUACCCAAGUUUUUACACUUAUUACUUUAAAAUGUUGUCUUAUUUUAUUGUUGUUAGCCGCCCUGAGCCCGGCUUCAGCUGGGGAUGGCGGGAUAUAAAUAAAUUUUUAUUAUUAUUAUUAUUACCUGAAAGCUUUUCCCGUUCACAUGUCCACAUUCUUCACUCGAAUUCUCUACACUGUAUGCUAGAUUGCUAGCAGUAGAGUGGGUGAAUUGAUUUCACUGAAAAGGUAUGACUACUAAGAUGAUGUCAGUGAAUAUGAAAAUUUGUCUGUAGUGUUAGAUUUGUGUCAGUCCAUUCAUACAUUUAAGUUGUCGCUUGAUGUUACUGCACCGCAGCUACCGUUAUCCCUAAACCAUGGACCAUGCUAGCUGGGGCUGAUGGGUCAGAUUCCAUCAAUAUCUGGAGGUCCACAGGUUCCCCAUACCUGCCUUGGGAGAUUCACUGUUUAGCAACAGCUCUUCCAAGUGAUCUGUUUAUCUGUGCUUUGGCUACCUUCCUGAAUGAAUGAGAGCUGUGCAAGAGCUUAGCAGUGCAGCUAUGCAGCUCCCCUUCAUGGGCUUGCCCAGGUGACUUGCGCCUUAUGCCUUCAGACAACCCAAUCUUGAAACCGGUUCUAGCCUGCUCUUUGCACAUCGAGCCAUGGUGAGAAGGUCACAACUUCACGCAGGCAUAGAAAAGUGAGAAUAUUUGCACAGUGAAACCUUCCAGUACUGUAGUAUUCACUCAAUGAAUCCUGUUCUUAUACAGGGCCGUUAUUGAAAAAGAAAUGUGCACUUACUGCCGGAAGCCCUUGGGCACAGACACAAAGAUGAUUCUUGAUGCCUUGCAGAUUUGCUGUCAUGCAACUUGCUUCAAGGUAGGAACAUGUCUUUCACCCAACUGUCGUUAAAUAUGCAUGGAUUUGUAGUAUGACGAUUGUGAAUUUUGAUCAAAGCACCGGGUUUCAAAUCAAAUUAGAGAGCAACCCUAAGGUCCCUGGAAGGGCAUCCCAAGGAUGAUAGGAUAGGGCAGAUCUCCCUCUUUGUCUCAUGGAAAGGGAGGUCCACGGGUGGAAAUAUUCACUGCUCUUGCUGCUCUGCUAUUGGUACUCUUAUGGAGAUGACAAUGGAGUCAUCAUGGGACAGAUUGGAGGAAGCACCCAUAACAGCGGAGGGAGUAUACUAGCCCUGAAGCUGCUACACUGAUUUUCCUUCUGUAGAACCAAGUUAUAAGAAAAUGUAGCAUCGGUGUGCAGUGAGGAAGGGGAAAAAACAUGGGGAUAUGGCAUUUAAACAGAUCCUGCAUUCUCCACAUGACAGCCAAAGAAUAAAGAAAACUAUAUUUGUACAGGGCGAAAACCCUGAGGCUGAAUUUCUCUGAGAUCUUAAGUUCAGUUGUACUGAAAUGUUAGUGAGUCUUCCAUGUUUUGCACGCCAUAACGUAUAUUAAAGAUGACUCGCUAUCAGGCAUUUUCAUAACACGGCUGCUGAUUAGCUACUGGACUGGAUUCAAGGUCUUGGUGUACAAAGCCUUGCAAAGCUUUGGGAACAAGAUGCCUAAAAGAUUGCAUCAUUUCCUGCAUGCCCAGCUGGUCACUGUGCUCCGCAGGCAAACACAUCCUGCAGAUGCCACCUUGUCAGGAGGUGUGUCCUGCACAAUGCUGAAGCUGGGCAGCACCUGCCCUUUGGAACUCCCUCCCACUUCAUAUCAGGCAGGCACCUUCUCUGUUGUCUUUUUGGCACCAGCUAAAGGCGCUCACACUUUUCCAACAAGCUUUCUAAAGCUUUUAUCCCGGUUGGUAUCUCAGAAUUGAUGAAAUAAAUAAUAACAACUAAAGGUUUUUGUUUAACUCUGUGUGUUCCUAGUGCGAAAUCUGCAAAGCACCUUUGGAAAACGUGAAGGCGGGAGAUAGCAUUUGGAUUUACAAGAACACGGUGCAUUGUGAACCAUGCUAUUCCAGAGUUAAAUGUAAGUUGUACUGGAGGGCACCUGCUUGAAGGUUCAGUUGUUAACAACAACCAGGGGGUUCAAAGUACCUCUGAAACACUUCAGUUCAGUUCCUGUUUAUGGUGCUGUAGAUUGCAGGAUUUGGUGAAUACAGAAGUCCAACAUACAUUUAUUGAAUGUCCAAAUAUAUGUUUCCCUGCUUGAUAUUCACAACACCGGUAGGGAGAAAAUUCAGUUCAGUUUGCGUGUAAAGAGAAAUAUAUCAAACUCAUGCUUUCUGAAACAACACGCAAACCGAGACACAGUUACCCUUCUAAAUUCACACUUAUCCAAAUUUUGUGAUACUGUUCUCUAACCAAACAAUGUUUACAAAAUGCAUAUAUUAGGUAAAAAUGCACAUUAAAAUGAAUGCAUUAGUUAAGAUAAUAUAGUAACAUGCAUUAUUUUAGGGGGAAUGGCUUGCAAAAUUUGGGUACAUUAGUCACAACUGUGCAAAAAUGUGUGGAUUAGGAGAAAUUCCCAGUAAAAUGCUGGUAAAAUGUCAUGAUAAUUUUAAAGUGCAAACUGCUGAACUGAAUUUAAGAUUGGAAAAAUGAUAAACUGAGAGAUCUGAAACUGAGAGAUCCUUCCAUCCCUGAACGCCAGUGAAUGUUAAGAAUCACAUUUAAAAGACAAUCAGUAUCUGGAAUACCUCAAAUAAUAUGGAGCUGAAAUAGCUCUGUGUUUAGAGAAACUUAACACAUUGGUCUGAAAUGGUUGACUUGAUAAGGCUGUGCACAUUUUCAGUUUCUAAUGGGCAUUUUCUUUCCCUUACAGCAUCAUGGGCCUACUAA